AUGCCUCUUGAGCGGAAGGCUAUCGAUCUCUGCUCUUCAUGGAAAGCUGCUCACGGUGUUUUGUACACCGCGCAUCGGCUCGUCCUUUUUGGUCGUCUUGAUGUUUCCCUUGCUUGUUUCUGUUGACAUCCUAUUGAGACCACAGAACGUCCUUUUUUCAUUAUCCUUAGGCGCAGGGUGGUCUGGUUUGUUCUUUGUUCUUUUUUGUUUUUGUCCUCUCCAAUGGCCCCGUCUAUUUCUGACUGUCACGUACAUUUUGGUUUCAAUGAUGAUGAGUUGUUGUGCAAUCCGCGACUGUUUUGCUCUCUCUUGUCUCUACUAAAAUUUUGUCUCUGGCGUCAAAGGAAUGACUAUCGUUUCAAGUCUAAACCUCCUAGUGCAGUUAGGCUCAUUGCGAGCAUUAAAGGCCGUCUCUCUUUUGACUCACCUUUGUUCUUCAAACACUACAGAUCCCGGAGAGGCCGCCGCUUUUUUCAGCGUCGAUGGGGUGCCAAUGGGUACAUUUGUAAAGUCGUUGGUGACUCUUUUCUUUGUUUUUAAUUUUCAUUGGCAAUAAACAUUGCACAAUGUCUCACGAGAAGUGACAAAGGGUCUUUAGUUUUGAUUUUGUCAAGGUGGUUUUCAGUGGGUCGCUCAAGUUAUUUUUAUUUUUGAAGUAAAUAACUGACAUUUAUUAACAGCAGCCUUCCUUUUAUCCCUAGCAAAUUCUGUAUUAUUACUUUACAUCAUGCAUAACAUCUGACAUUAAACAGUGAUGGUAGGUUAGCAACAAACAAAUCUUACAGGUGUAGAUCAUGAUCACCUCAUUGUGUACCCUCCUUUUUUAGGUCAGAUCCAGUUCAUUUCACCCUAUGGAGGCAUGAAUAUUACGGCAUUUGUAGGAGGUUCAGUGCAGUUCACCUGGAGGUACUCUGGGGGUGCCAGCGGUAUUAACAGUGUUGUAUGCGGUCUUAAGAAAGAUAUCACAGAAGACAUCCGACCUGAUGGAGUUCUUUUAUUUGUAAAUACUAAGACAGGACAGGGCCAGCUGCAUGGUAAUCUUCCUGUAAGGUACAAUGGACGUGUAAGUUGGACUUUGAGUGGUGAUCAGUCUUCUGGACAGCUUAAUUUUACACUAACUUCAUUAAAAAAUGAUGACGACAGAUUUUACAGCUGCAUAUUAUCUCCAGUCAAUAAUUUUGAAGGUGAAGUAUUCGACUUUGUAUAUCUCGUUGUUCAAGGUGAGUUGCCCUUGUAUAUACAGGUCACCAUUAUGUAACAUUCUUAGGUAAAGAGUAUCUUAGAAAGAAGCGAUUUUGAAGACUAUUUCCCUAUUAUAUAAAACUGCAGUAUGCCCUUUCAUCUACAACAGAGGCUUUUGAGAGUGAAUGACAGUAAAAAUCCCAAAGCCCAAAUCUAAAUAUUACUGCAAGAAUGAAUUGAUCGAUAUCAGAGAUUUUGUUGAAGCCAUUCAAAGAACUUGCAACUGUAUUAUCAGGGGUAAGAACUCUCGGCUUUGCCUCAAGUUUUUAAACCUGAUAAUAAAUUAAGAAAGCCUGGUUAUCUACGGUAUUCGUGUUUUUCCUUUGAACCAGGUAAACCAGGGUUUAAAUUAUUUCUUAAUAAAGUGUAAAUCAGGCCAUUAAUGAAAAACAAAAAAAAUGUGUCAUUGAUCAAUGAUCAAUCAAUCUUAUUUUGGGCUACUGUUGUUGCCUCAGUCGUUGUUGUUUCUUUUUCUUGUUUUAGCACACUUAUUAAGAAAAAAGCGCAGUAGGUUUCGUAUAUUUCCAGCAUUCAAUACUUGAAUGCGUCAGUGGCUUCUCGACAGUCAGUUAAGUAACAAUUGAUGAACAUUGAGUGCAGACAUAUUUUAUCCAGUGAACUAAACUGGAAAUGAGCCUGAUGAACCUAUUUCAGGUUUCCAGUUUUUUCAGGGAAUCCCUUUACAGAACUCGCUGUCAUGAAGAUAUGUAGAUUUGCUAAGUGUUAAGUCACUAAUUUCAAGGGUGACAUUCUCUUUUUAAGAGGAGGAGGGUGUAAGAAAUGCCUUUGUUUAGUCCUCGAGAUAUAGUUGUUGCGUAAUUUAGUGCCAGGCAUCAUACACGAAUAAGACUGGAAACCCUGUAUUACGUUGUUUAAAGUAACAAAAACGUGUGCUUGGCGAGCGGCAAGAAGUGAGCGAUGUGAGAGAAACGUAAAACGGAUCUAAUCUGUAUGCCCUUAAAUAAAGCGACCCUUGUGUUUGUUUAGUGUUACAGUUACAUAAUUAUUAUUGGCGGAAUUGGGAAAUUGACACAAUGGUUUAGUAGGGUGUAGAAGUGACAAACUGAAUAUGUGUCCAUAUUUCAAAUAUCCUGGCUCUAGAUCAGGUUCCGUGCUUUUAAUAAACCUCUGGAAUCCAGGGUAUAUUUUAAAAAGAAGAAUAUCACAACAAUAAUCAAGGCCUCUCGCUCUGCAGAUCAAUAUUCUUUCUUUAAAGUAAGGCGAACUUUGUACCUCAAAAACUUUGCAUCGACACGAAAACUGUACCAGAUAGGGCUUUUGUUCACAUAUAAUAACGUUGUUUACGGCGCGAUUUCUGUAACCGAGCGAAGCUGCGCCGCGCGCCGAUCUUGAAAGUGGAUCGUCACUUAUCGGAUAGGUUCCUACCACUAUUCAUCGCAGUGUGAAUAGCUAAUCGCUAAUAACUCGAAAGGUUGGAGGUUUGAAAAUGGGGAUUCCGUUCUACUAUUCUCGGAGUUAUCCACGUAUUUACAAACAUUGUUAAAUAGUCCGUGAAUAUAUCUUUUUAGGUCCGCCAAAUAUAACUGACAUAUCGCCCAACACAACAGUUAAAGAAGGGGAUACAGUUGUCCUGACUUGUGCCGCGCGAGGUAAUCCCCCAGCAAGCAUAACGUGGACUAAAGAUAAGCGUGUUGUCAACGUUCCGAUAAGAAAUAUCAGCAGAGAGGCGGCUGGGUCAUAUCGAUGCACGGCUGUAAAUGGUGUGGGCAGUCCAGCCACAUCUGAUGUCCUCAUUACUGUACAAUGUGAGUGUUUUUGUUGCAAUUUAGUUUACUAUUUCUUCAUUCUAUAAAAAAGGGAUCUUUAGUUUUUAAAGCACUAUAAAUUGCCCCAUACCUUGCUCUUAAGUAAAUGAUUUAUUCGUUGACAUUUUUGAAGUGUCGUUCUGUAGUUUUCGCUCAAACUCCUACUACAUGUAAGUCUAUAUAUUGUAGUCCAUGUUCAUCGGUGUCAACUGUUUUGCAGUGCUUCAAGUUGAAGAUAAGUAUUUCACGCGAGAAAUGAAGCGAGCUUACGGGGAGUUGGCUGUCGUUCCAUUUCUCUUUUUCUCACUGUUAAAAAGCCUCUGAACAUAUCAUUUUAGGCGAUUUUCUUCUUAAUGUAAGGUUCACUUAAGCGCUAAUUCCGUAAAAAAAGUAUCUAGCAGUAGGUAAAUCAUGAGAGGACACAGAGGCUUUUUACUGGAAGUACAAUCCCACGCAGGAAUGUUUUCUCCGCGGGCAGCUAAUCCGACUUAAUCCCAUUUAAUAUGUCGCGCUGCUCGAAAGCGCGAAAAGUUUCUUGGCGUGUAUUAGAUUUCAGAUACCUCUUCAUUUCGCGCCCGAAUAAAUAAGUUUGCGCGCAAAGGGCUUCUAAAAAAAUCACAAGGUUUGUCCCACUUCGAGUCCACCUUCUGGGGAUACGCCGGCUUGGUAGCUGAAAUACAUUGCCGAGGCGAAGAUCUGGUAUUUUUUCCUCCUCGUCGUAUUUUCUCCACGACAAAUGUUUAUAUUUGUAGUGAGAAUACAGCGCAUAUCGGUGGAUUUUACUUCAUGCGGCUUGCUACUUCUGAACUAGAAGAGUGCCGGAUUUCAUCGUUUUGUUCAUGUUUCCUCGUGUUGGCAAAUGUAAGGUAAAUGAACCGACAACUGUAAGGAUUCUUAACUUCAAAAUUUAAACAAUGAGCCGCUUUUUAGCACCUUAACCUUAAGCACUUUGGGCACUCAUAAUGGAGACAAUGGAUUACAGUACGCUAGACUCCUCGCUUUUUCGAUGCGUAACACGGAUGCAAGCGAGAUAAUGCAAAGUGAAGUAUAAUUUACUUUACGAAACCAUUUGACGAACACCUCUUGUUAUAUGCUUUAUUUGCUUGGCUCAUUCAGGCUAAUGACAUGCCGGGAGUUUGAUGACAAUGUAUGUGUGUGCUAUAAUUAUGCUGAUAACUUUUUGCACCUUUAUAUUGAAACUCAUGUAAGCCAAACUUCUUAACUCUAGCAAAAAAUUCUUUUAUUAUGGAGGACCUUUUAACGUCUUUCGGGGCCCAAUAUGGUGUCAAUUUUUUUUGGGAAACAAAGCUUGAUUUUUGGCGAAACAUACUACACCUUUUCUUUCUCUGAAGAGAGCGUGAGGCAAACGUCCGCGAGUACAGUGUAAGCCAGUGAUUCUUUAGGUAGAGCUAACAAACAUAGGCUGCAGUUUAGGUGGCACACCCAUGAGUGCAGUGUAACCCAGUGAUUCUUUAGGUAGAGCUAACAAACAUAGGCUGCACUUUAGGUGGCACACCCAUGGGUGCAGUGUAACCCAGUGAUUCUUUACGUAGAGCUAACAAACAUAGGCUGCACUUUAGGUGGCACACCCAUGAGUGCAGUGUAACCCAGUGAUUCUUGAGGUAUAGCUAACAAACAUAGGCUGCACUUUAGGUGGCACACCCAUGGGUGCAGUGUAACCCAGUGAUUCUUUAGGCAGAGCUUACAAACAUAGACUAUACAGGUGUACAUCAGAUUUUCGUGUUAUUACCGAAUGAUAAGUGAGGGUCGUCUUAAAGUUUCGUAGACUUUGCUUGAUCAAUGCGCCUCUAAAUAUCUUCUGUUCAGGAUUAAGUUGUUUAUAUACAGCUGAAAGUAUAGCCUGUUCCAGGCGUUCAGAUAAUAGAGCGCGUCAGUAAGUGGGGGGCGAGUUAAGUUCAAGUACACCGGGAAAACGGGGGGGGGGGGGGGAGAGGGCGAGAGAUUUUUUUCUCCCCGGUAAAAAUUGUCAUUAAAUCCAGUAAUGGAACCCGGUUCGCCCUCUUUUUGGUUGAUUAUGAAACCUUUUCACCCAGCACCACGGGGGAUAUUGAUGAAGAGGGAGAAAUUGGGGGAGAGAGAAACCUGUUAUCGAAUCACAUGCGGAGUGGGUGUUUGGUUUAGGUUUUCUAGUGUUUGUUUGUCAAAUCUUCGUUAAUUUAUGUUUUGUUUGUAAUUAAGGUUGUUGAAGACGGAAGUAGUGGGAUGAUCGGACGGGGGGUAGGAGGGGGGUGGGGUGGGGGGGGGGGGGGGGGGGAGAAGUUGAAAGACCCGGGGGAGAGGGGGGGGGGGGGGAGAGAGCGAGAGAUUUUUCUCUCGCCUGUAAACAUUGUCAUUAAAUCCAGUAAUGGAAUCCGGUAUGCCCUCUUAUUGGUCGAUUAUGACACCUUUUACCACUCGAGCACUGGUGACAUUGAUGAGGAAUGCGAUAUUGAGGGAGAGAGACAUCUGUUAUCGAAUCACGCGGACAUCGACGCUACUAUAAAUAAUGCAAUCGAGCAUUUCCUGUAUGAGGAAUCUUUUCGUGAGGAGCAGAAAAUUUACUUGAAACUCAUUCGCAGAGGCCAGGACGUUUUUCGUGAUUCUUCCAACGGGCUCCGGGAGACCUUCAUUUUUCUGCUCUUUCCACGAAUAAUAAACGUAAUCAAAGGAAAAGUUGGCGAGUCAAUUUCCACGAUCAUCAUCGUUGCGCCUCUCGUUGCCAUAAUGAAACCAAGCUCGAGCGACUUGGAAUAACAGCAACAACAGCCAUAGUUUGGGGGCGGGAGGAAGGCAUGGAGGAAGACAUGGCAAUGUCAAAGGAAGGUGUGCGUGUGAGAUCAUUUAUGGAAGCCCAGCAAGGCAAAAAAAAAAAUCUUAUUUGAAGGGUUAUUUAGCCGCAAUAAAAAGAUUACUGCUCUAACAGAGGUCAAAGAAAAUCAGUACUUAACUGCAUCUGGAAUCAAAUUCUUUCAGAAACAAACCACAGGAAAUAAUUGCCCAGUAUGCAUGACUGACGUCUAAAUGUUAGACUUAGAGCGACAGAAAUUAGAUUUGCUUAGUUAAAAGAAGGAAAACGUCUGACGUUUAUUGAAAGCUAACUCAAAGGUCACGUUUCACACUAUCACGAGCUUAUGGGUCGCCUCUAGCCUGUCAACACUUCGUAGUUCAAGUCACAGUUACGCAGUUAGCCUGUGCCAGGCUCUCAGAUAGUGUAGUGCGGACAUAUUAAAACAAGAAAAGCUAAAAUAAGACGGGCGCGGCUUGGGAAAGGGGGAGGUGGCGGCGAGAAAAAAGGGGAGAGAGAGUCUGUUAGCUUUCUUUAACGACCCUCUUCCGCCCAUUUUUGUCACAUCUGGAUUCGGCUGUCAAAACUGUUAACACUUCAGUUAGCUACAAUCAUUCUCAAGUUUCUCGCGCGAGCAUUUCGAGUGACGCGAACUCCUUGUGCGAAUGUGCGGAAUUUAUGUCUUCGAAUUCGUCAUCCUGUGAGAGCAUGCUGUUUUUUCGGCUCUAGUUUCUUGUUUCACCCGCCGAAGCGACGACCAGAAAUACAUCUGCUGUUCGCAGGCUACGAGUUCGUCAAUGGCGUCUGCGAAUCUCGCACUCGAUCAUUCAAAGUGGUGCAGGUUUUAUAGUAAUAAAAGGGGGCAGUAAGUUUUUCCCUCUGUUGGGUAGGUUAUGCUCUGAAAGGUUCUGCGUUUUCACUGAGCAAUUGUGAUUUUAGCCGCUUGUUUCACACUGAGAGGUCAUGGCACACAUAUCGAUUUACAAUGGCUUUUGUAUCUGGUCAGCAGGAUUUGCCCUCUGCUGAGAGAGCUUUUUCUUUGACCUCUUUUGAACGUAAAGCUUUUUAUUGCGGCUGAAUAAGGGUCUUAAUUUUCUCCAAAGUGCCUUCUGGCUCUGACUAACAAAGUGAUUUUCUUUAGUCUGUGAAUGUAAUGUUUUUCUGCAAUGUUAUAUCACGCUGGGCCAAGCUAGUUAGUUUUCUUUGCAGAAUGUUAAAUUAUCAAGGAUAGUGAUUUACAGAUCCAGAAUUAUAAGAAUGAAGUGCAGCUUAAACUUAAGCUACAUCAACUAAGGAGAAUUGCCUUGUGACUCAGUAAACUCCACCUUAGUGUUUCUCUUUUAAUAGUGUGAGUCUUCUGACUGGAGCGCGUAGUUUCUCCCUUGGUAAUAGCUUUUUAAAGCUUAGCCGUCUUUGGACAGUUUUGUUAUUACCACUUUGUGAUCAGCCAGGACUCUGGACUACCGAAAACAAUCUCGCACUUUCCUUCUCUCCCUUUCUUCUCGUCCUCCUCUACCUCUUCACCGAUGCCAAUAGCUGCGGCCGAAAGUCCAAGCUUUUUAAAUUCAGUGUUCCACUUGGUCUUAUUAUUAUAGCGGAGCUCCGGCGCGCGAAGCGCGCCAGCGAAGCACCAUGGGUAAGAAAAUUUGGUAAACCAUCCAUCCGAGAAAAUUUGGUUAUAACGUAGCGUACGCCCGUACUCUCUUUGCGGGGGAGGGAAGGGAAUCAGGUGACAGCCCGUCAGGGGGAGGAGUAUGUUAUAAAUCGUGCGAUGCAUUUGUGCAACCCGCCUUUUUCUUGGCGGGAAAUCGUGCAAGAAAUGGCGUGGCUUGUUCACCUCAACUACUUCAUUGCAUAAGAAUUUUGUGACCGUAGUGCUCAGUUUCUAGUAAACUGUUUUUGUUAUGGCAACAAACAAUAGCGGAUUUAAUUCAAACUAUUUGCUUGUAAGUGAAGAGCGACGGGAAAAAGAAAUAAGAGGAGGGCAUAGAGUAAGAAUUAACAGGCUCGCUAGCGAAGAGGAUUCAAGUGGAAGAUUUAAGCAGCGUCUGCAACUUGUUCACUGAAAGCUGAAGCUGACAGAGUUUGAGUCAUCUUGUGAUGUCUUUUUGCACUGGAUCUACAAAAUGAAAUACAGCAGCUAUCACAUUCUUUUGUUAUUCUUGGCUCGCUUGUUUACUAGGUUGUGGUUGCGAAACGCUCCGCACGACAAAAAGAAAUCGGGAAUCAUCGUUUUCAAAAACAAGCUACUCUUAGUAAGCUUACUUCGCCUUGCUGGACUAUGCGAAAAGUCUUAAGCGACUCUGGCCUUACUUGAUGAGUUUGCGUGCUGCAUCCCGACCGGUAAGCUUGAGUAAUUUUAUUGCAUUUUAUGGGUUUUCUUUUUUCAUGCUUAUGCCGUCAUUUUACGCACAUCUGUAAGAUUUGAGACAAUUUAUCUGACCUAGUAAAGAACUUAAAAAGUCUUUAGACAUUUUCUGACCGCGACUAGAAGAAAAAGUUCCGAAAAAUAGUUUAGUUAUCCUAUUGUUUGUAAAAAGAAAGCUUUGAGUGAUUUUCUUUCAUCUUGCAAAAUAGCAAACACGGCGACGGAAGGCGGCUUAAAACUUAUGGCUCAAAUCUGCAAGGUUUUUAUUCGUGACUCAGGAUUUUCAGAGACACUUUACUCUCAAAACACUUCUUCGGGAAUAAAAAUUGUUGACCUUUAAAUGUUUCUUCGUAUUAUAUUUAUUGUCUUGAUUGUUUGUCAAGAUCGCGUUCUUACAUGAUCGCUUUGCCAGUUGUUGUUUUCAGUCGUCCGUGAGGUCCGUCCGUGAACACCGCAUGCAAGAGUACUUAAAAUGCCGCGUGUAUCAAAUGAAUAUGGCAUUUAGGAAGUAAAAUGCAAACGAAAAUGAUUCGGAGACCUCUUCUCUGAUUCAAAUACUCGACAGCUCUCGUUAUAAGUUUUGGCGCUUGGCAAAAUUCAGAAUUGGAUGAUCGGACGGUUGAUUUUGUGAGCUGAAUUAAAAUAUAUUUUUUUCGAAAGUUUUUUCUCAAAGCCCGUUAUUACCCCGCAUACUACAUAAUAGCAGAUUUGCCUGACUGAACAGUCCCGUCUAAUGGUGAAUUCCCUAUAUAAAAGCGGUUUAUGGUGCUGUUAUUUUUAUAAUUUGUUGUGGAAGGGAAGCGUGUGUUUCGAUCAUCCUGAAUACUGUACUGAAUGAGUGCAAUUUGUCUUGUAACGAGUAAAUUGGCAGCCCCAGGGACUAUCGUGUCUUUACGGCCUGUAUAGCAGAAAAUUAUAAAAUAAAGGUGGUAUAGGUGGGCACAAGGUGAAGGUGAAUUUGCUUGGGAAGAAUUUGUUUUUCACGCCUAAUCUACUGUGGCCAAAGGUGAUUUCUAUUUAUUAGGUGUACAAAUGAGACUAUUAAGCCGAUGUAAGAUUUUAGAGGUUGCUUCAUUUUUGCACUGUUUCCAAAUCAUUUUUUCUCUUAACUCACCCAGCCCCACCCUUAAACGUCAUCUGGAUCUCCCAGUUCACCGAUUUUUGGAUUACAAGUUUAUCGUUUGAUUUUAUAUUAUAAAUUAAUUACUAGAGCUACGCUUUUAGCCCUGGCUAAAUCUAUAUAUUAGAUAUCAGCGGCGAAAUGACUAUUAUCGUAGAGUUUUCUAAGGUUAGAGCAGCUUUAGCCAAGCGUGGGAAUAGCUGAAAGAUUAUACUUUUGCCGAAACCGGUGGGCAUAAUAGCAAAAACAUCUUUACCGCGAGCCAAGUCGCAGACACUCGUCUAGCCUGAGAUCAUGCCAAAAAAAAAUAACAACGCCUGAUCUCAGGUUAACACUCGUCCAAAGCACAAGACAACGCGGAUUUAUCAAGAUCACACGCACGAUUCGCGUUGGCCAUCUUGGUGAUGACAAACUGAUGACCACGCUACUAGGUGAUGAUGUUAACUGUCACAAUUGACCAAUCAGAGGGUAUAUCAGGAGCUGAUAUAUACAGGAACAGGCCGUUAAAAAAAUGCGUACAGGCUCCGCCGCCCUGUCUCUCCCCAGCCCCCGGCGUUUUUCGCAUUUCUUUUUACUGAACGACUUUUGACCACUAUCUCGGAGCCUGGAACAGGCUAUUACGCAGUCGGCGGUCAAUUGAGGGCGGAAAGAGCCCGGCCCUGUAAGGGAAUGUUUACAUUCGUUCUCUCCCCCUUUCCUCCUCUACUCUCCCCUCGUUUCUAUUUUCUUCGUGAAUUUUUCUCCCCCGCUCUACUAUCUGAACGCCUGGAACAGGCUUCUGAAAGUAAGUCUCAAAUUUUAUAUGAAUUGUCGCCUUAUCUUUUUGAUAAACAGAUUGAGAAACUAAUUGUGCAAUAUAACUUUAUUUGCAAUUACAUGUAAUGAGAUAAGAGCCAAUGUCGGAAAAUAUCGAGAAUCUCAAAUAAGUUUUCACCAUUCGAUUUUUGUCUAAUACCACCCAAACAACCCUUUAAGUGAACUAUUUCAAGAAAUGGUAUUAAGAAAUCCUCAAGCGCUUUACAUUUUGAGAAAUUUGGAAAAGUUAAAAAAUUCGAUAAAAUACCUUCAGUUUUAUUCGCGAAAUUGCUGCAAACUUUGGCAAUUUUCAAGAAAGCAGUACAAGCGCGCAAAAGCCCCUAUUGACUUGAUCUUGCACAGGCAUUUACCAGUUAUGCAACGUUUUAAGACUGCAUAAAAAUGUCUCGCAAAAUAACUUAAUUUUGUAAUAUACUUUUGGGCUUUCAUUGUUUGCACCUUGAUAGUGUGCUGUUUAUGGCGCUCGAAAUAACGCCCAACUUUAACCGCAAAAAGUCGAUUCUGGUAUGUCUCAAAUUUAAAAUAUGAUUAAACUAUAUGAAAGAACUGUGAUUUUUUUACCUAUACCUGAAGUUUCAGCUCUGCGAAUUUAAACGCUUGCGAAAAAUAAAAUUUUAAAAAUAGCCCCUCGGGCCACCGUAAGUGACAAGAACGUGAAAUGUAAACAAAGCAGAAACCGUGUAAAGAAAGGAGAAAAUCACACCAAAGUUAUUUCUAGGCAACCAAAGCGCAAGGAAAUGAUGGAAAUUUCGGUAUCUAAAUAGGUAUCGCUAUCUAAAAAGGCAAAAAUGUGAAAUUGUCCUUUGAAAAAUAUAAAAAGAAAAAAAUCCUAAAAAACGAACAACUGACAAUUGCGUCGGGUGACCAUUUAAUUCUGGACUCGGAAGUAAAAAUGCUUCUGUCUGGUCAAGUCUAAAAGGCUUCAAGAACUGUUUUCGAAAUGCCCAAAUAAACUAUCGACAAACUAUGCCAGGUGAUAGAUAUAUUUUAAUAAUCAAAGAGUCCUAGGAGCGAGCUCAUGGAUGAAUUGAAUUAGUGUAGAAAAGACAGUUCAAUAAUCAAAGAAAAACAUAUAAAUCUUUUUUAACGGUUCAUUGUGUAUGGACUUGCCAAAAUACAGCGUGACUUGAAGUAUCCGACUGCAUGUGCACCUGAAUAUUCUAGAAACUUUUUAUCAGCGCAGCAUUUCUACUUACGAAGCAAAGGUCACUUUUAAAAGCAAUUAUUAACGCUUUUAAGUUGUAAAAUAAUUUGCUUUCUCAUGUGACUGUCAAACACUUUCCGAACGACAGUGCACUUUCUUGUAAAAUAGCCAAUUUUUACAUACACGAGUUUUAUUUAAACCGUGGUUUUAAAAGUACGAUGCUUUCAAAUAAAUGUUUCCAUAUGAUGAGUACGUAACGGGUAGUAUAUGCAGUACGAGCUAUAUUAAAUACAGAAUACAGGCGUUUAUGGCUAAAUUGAACUGCUUUAGAACGCGCUUUUGAUAAACACCACUAUGCCACUAAAUUACCAGUGCUCUUGUUUCACUUGGAGAAAUUGCGUUUUUGUGGCGUAGCUUGUAGCACGUGUGCGGGGCCCCAUAGCUAAGGUAAUCUACCCAUUCCAGAAAAAUUGGUAAUCACGUAACCGACCGACCGACCGACCGUCCGUCCUCACCACAGGCAUACCAAUGUUCACUCUUACGCUUUCCAGCUACUUUGGGAGCCCAGGAGGAAGCUGAUUGCACAUCAAUGUUGUCAUCAAUUGACAGCUGUCAAAACACGGUAUCCGCUGACCAGUAUCACCUGACCGUAUCGCGGGCUCAGGUGUCGACCCAUCAAGGUCGAGUAUUUUUUGAAGUUAUCCGCUGAAAAUUUAUUCGUUUUCAAAAGAUCGAGGCUCACGUUUACUUUUUUAAAUUCAUAUCAAAUAUGUUGUGUUUAUGUCAGUAUCUCCCCGCACUAUUACGAUUUUAAUUUCAAACUGACCUCAGACGCAAAAAUUUAGCCCGUUUUUUUUAAAAUACAGGCGGGGAAGACCUUUUCUUAUCAUGGUCACGUGUUGGUCACGCUCCACGUCCAGUUUUUAUGCUCUGAUUAGUUAAAAUUUGACAGGUGAAUUCAUGCGUAAAAUUUAUGCAGCAUCUUGAUAGUUGUUUACUUUGACAGCUGAAGCUGACAGAGUUUUGAGUCAACUUGUGAUGUUUUUAACUGUCUCUUUCCACUGGUGUACAAAAUGAAAUACAGCUGCUAUCAAGAGUGUUCUCUUAUUCAUGGCUGGUUUGUUUAUUGGGUUUUUGGUUGAGAAAUGCGUCGCUUGUCAAAGCCGAUAAUCCGAUUUCGGAUGGCAUCGUUUUUGUUUUUCACCUUGCUGAAUGCGUGCGAGCAUUAUAAAGUCUCAAGCGAUCCUUGCCUUACUUGACAUCUUUCAGCAGCUGCAUCUCGAAAUAUGGUAAGCCUGAGUAAUUGUUGUAUUUAUAUCUAAUUUCAUGAAGUCCAGCGGCGCAGUUUAUGAAGCUAGUUUAUGCACAUUUGUAUUAAGAUUUGACUGAGACAGUGAUCUGACCUAGUAUGAGGUUUGAUAUAAGCUUAACCUUACAGAACUUUAAAAAGCCUUUAGUCGAUAUUAAUUCACCGUAAAUAGAAAGAAAAGACUUUCCGAAGAAUAUUUAGUUAUAAUUUUGGCUGUAGAAAGAAAGCUUUGAGCGAUUUUCUUGUCCUGAAUUCAUCUUUGAAAACAGCAAACAGGCCCGGGAAACCGGCGGCUUAAAACAUAAACUUAAUCUUUAAGCUUACUAGUAAAGACUUGAGGAUUCUUAGAGACACUUAAAUACUCAUUUGUUUUCGUGAAUGAAAAUUGUUGUCUCUGUAAAUGUUCUACCGAAUUAUAUUUCUUUAUUGAUUGUUGGUAGUCUCAAAAGUGUAAUUUUCAUCGCUUUGCCGUUUGUUUUCAGCCGUUCAUAAACAUCCCCUGCAGGAGUACUCAAAAUGCCGAGUGUAUCAAACGCUUUUUAAGGUUACACAUCGUUAUGAAACCAUAAAUAAAAAAUAGACUCAAUAAAUUCUAAAAUUUCUUCGCAAAUUUGGCGCUUGUCAAAAGUUAGAACCGGCUGGCCGUAUAGGUGAUUUUGGAAAUUUUUUGAACGGUUUCGCUAAUUAAAAGUCCACGCGUGUUUCGAUGGUCCUGAAUAUUGAAUGAAUGCAAUUUAUCUUGAAAAAUUGUGAAAUACUGCAUUUUGUACGAGAUCUGUAUGAUAAAAACAGCGCCUCAUAGUACUCUUUCUCCUCAGAUGUGGUGUUUAAAAAAAUAAAUAAAAGUUAGUUUGCACGCACCCAGAUUUAUUGGCAAGAAUUUGUAAGCUUGUCGAUCGGAAAAAUUGGGCCUGAUUUGUUUUCCACGCCUUAUCUACUGUUAUCAAGAGCCAUAAUUGCUCUUAAAUUUGACCGUACACCUUUUUGGGUGUACAUAUAAGGCUAUAUCAACUCGAUACAAGAUUUGUUUCACUCCAAAAUCACUUAACUUUUCAAUGGGAGCUUCGCUUUUGGCCGUGGCUAAAUCUGUAUAUUAUGGAUGUAGCCUGCAAGCAAGUUCUCCCUUUGGAGGAGUCGCGAGAAGCCACACGAGAGCAGCACACAAAAGAACACGCAAGUGUAAGUGGCGGGGAAAGAGAGGAAGAAUUUUCUUCCUUGUACAGUAUAGAUAUUCCCAAUUUCUUUUAGCGCCGUGGUUCGAAAAGUGCAGCAAAAAUCCAUGACGGGUCAGCCAGGAGCUCGAGUGUCAUCGAUUAUAAUUGAUUGUGUGUGAGUUAUUCUUCUGCCAAUGGCAUUUCGCUUCGUCUAAGUGAAGCAAAAUGAAAAUUUAUAAGGUGUCGUUACAAGCCCUUCCUUUUAUCUACCAGUAAGGGUUUUUGCUACUUCAUUCUGCUUUCUCAGCUUCUGGAUCCUUUCGGUAGACAUAAAUGGAGAGAUUGCUGGCAGGCUCAGGUAUGGUUGCAAACAUAAAAAUAACAGCGGUCAGCCAAGCAGCGAAGAUAUGGCGUACAUUUGCGGACAAAAAUAAUUGAUAUUAAAAGACAAUUUUAAGUUCAAAAAUCAGACUAUCCAUGUCGAAAUCUCGUCAUAUGAAUUUGUACUCGCAAUGAACGCAGUCGAAAUAUCAUCAUUCGAACUUGAAGUUACUUUGAACAAGUUGAAACUAUACACCUUUUGCUGUUCAUUACGAGAAAAUACGCAUUCAUUUGUGUGAAACAGCGACCAACAGCGCGAAGAUACAUUCAUUAGCGCAAAAAAGCGAACAUUUGCGCCUUAAUCAGAUUCAAUAACGAUUUUUGCAUUUUAAUCAACAUUCAAUAACAUUUUUGGGCAUUCAUUUGCGUCAUUCGACGUACAAAAGAGAAAGAUAUACUUUCACUAACGCCAGCAUCCACGUCAUUAACACCAUCUUGAAAGUCAGUAGGGACAAUAGACAAACAUUAAAGUGCAAACGCUGUUCAUUAACAUUUUUAUGACACUAUUUGUAAUUCAAUAGCAUUCCUGGACAACCUUAGGAUGGAUAUGACAAACAUUAAUGCGCACGUACAAUCAAUUGAGUGUUCUUUACAUUUAAUAUACAAAAAUCGAUUUUCAAUUAAACAAUAGAAAUUCAAACAAAUUUGGCCUGAAUUUCAGUGCGUUAAAUGAAUAUCCUUCAAAAACCUCGCUAUUUAAACAUUUUGGGAGGUAGGUUUCCAUGAAAUAGUACCCCUUAGCACAUUUAGCUGCGGUCGCAAUGUUAUCCUCUGCGCAGAGCUUCAAGCACUGCAGUUGUUUCCGAACUCCGCUAGUGAGAUUGCUAGGGCUUUGCCCUCAUUCCUGUUAUACAUCUUUUAAUUUCCGGACUCGAGAUGUCGGCCUUUGGUGUCGCUUUCAGACAACUUAAAUCCUUUUCAACGAUGUCGAUGUCGCAUAAGCUGUGUUCGUAUUGGGCGGAUAUGACCAAAUCUAGGUGGGCUAGCACCCCGUCAUACCCAAAGACCACCGACUUAUGGGGAUCCAUUUUUUCCUCGCCCGUGCCAGAAAAAAAAAACCGACACAGAAUUCAUUACUCCAGCAGCUGCCGAGGAAAACAUCUGAUAGGUGGUAUUGCCAUGGUCAUAGUCAAGUUUCGUCCUCGUUGGCCGCAAACUUAGCGAUACGCCCUCCACUCCCUGUCGCACUCCACCAUGACUUCUGGCCGUCUAGGGUAAAUGUAUAGCCGCAGCCGUCGACGAACACUCAGUGGCGAAGUACUCGAUGUGUCUCGAUGUGUCGAGAAAGCAAAAGCAAUUUGUCAGCAAAAAGCGGUACAGCCCGCUUGGGAGCGAUACUGGCCCGGAGUUGCUCAGCAGUGAACUCUUUAAGGUACUGCUUUACUAACAAAUCAGAAGCCGGGUUGCCAAUAACGAGAGUCCUAUACCAGUCGCCUAGACGACCAAUGACGGAAAAUAUAGAGCGUAACUUGCCAAUGUAUCAGUCAACGGUAGAGUAGGCCAGUCGUAAUGGGCACUUGCUAGGGAAAGAACCCCGCUGACCAAGAUGUUAACGUCCUAUGUUAUGAACUUGGGUUUUACCUUUUGAGUCCUUAAACACCAAAAAGCGGCAAACAUCUAGUGGGGUGGCAUCAAAAAGGCGUUUAUUGCCAGGGAGGCAAGCAAACCUUCAAGCUCGGCCUUUAAAGAUUGUUUCUGCGGGAAUAAGUGAAUGAUAGACUUGCUGGCUGGAGAGAGCUGAUACGUAGAUCAAAAGCAGGGAGGACGAAACUGACUGCCGUGGGAACGGCUUAGUGGACGUGACGCCUAGCAUAACACUAUUUUGACAAAACUUGUAGACAUGGUCAUUGGGAUAGUGACAAGAUGGGCACGCAACUACUGGAACGAAUAAACGCGGAUCAGGAGAAAGAUGCGAGAGAAAAGGAAGAAUUGGUAGAGGGGUAUGAGAUGGGAGACAAAAAGAGACAGGAGAUGUUAAAAGAAACUGAAUUUAAUAAUCACGAGUGACACAUUCUCAUUACAGUAGGUUAUGACAGUAUGAAUAAUAAAAAAGUCAAAGAUAACGAACAGUAUGUGAACAGACUAAACCAAGAAUUAGUGCAUUCUAUUCAUAAAUAUCCUUGCUCAAUGCUGUUAUUCUGCUAGCUGGAAGGUGGGCAUGGUGACUCCUUUGUACAAAAAAGAUGACGAAUGUUGUAAGAUCAACUAUAGGCCCGUAACUGUGCUCCCUGCUCUAAACAUUAUUUUUGAAAGCCUUCUAUCACGGCAGAUGUAUGAAUUUUACAACGGGCUCUUAUCAGACUUCACAAGCGCUUAUAGAAAGUUUCGUAGUUGCCAGACCUCGUUACUAAGGUUGACGGAGGACUGGAGCAUGAUGCGUGACAGGGGGGAGCUUGUUGCGGUAGUUUUUAUGGAUCUCUCCAAAGCGUUUGAUGUUACUCAGUAUCCACUCCUCCUGUCGAAACCUAGGGCCUAUGGUAUGGACGACAAAAGUUGUGCCGUAAUUAGAAACUAUCUCUUUGGUAGAACUCAGAGAGUUAAAGUUAGAGACACUUUUCCAACCUGGGAAAGCGUCAAGCGUGGGGUUCCGCAGUGGGGUGUGCUAGGUCCUGUGCUAUUCAACAUUUUCAUUAACGAUCUUUUCUUCCACGUAAAGAAGGCCAAGUUGAAUGCUUAUGCGGAUGAUCAUCAGGUGUACUACUCCCACGUCGAUCCGGCAGCUUUAGAAGCUUGCGUAUCUCAUGAUGUUGGGGUGGCCAGAUAGUGGUACCAUGAAAAUGGGAUGUUAGUUAAUGAGAGCAAGCACCAGGGUCUAGUCCUAGGUAAUCCGGAGACAGGAUGGAUUUUCCUUCCCAGUAAAGGACACUUUAGAUAGUUUGGAAUGCAAAUAGAUAAGAAACUGAAUUUUUCUAAGCAUAUUUCAAAUGUACAGAAAAAUAUUAUAAUCAAUUUACUGUUAUGACGCGCUUUCGAAAACUCAUACGCAGGGAAAUCUUAUUUAAACUGUAUAAAGCGUAUAUUUUACCUCAGUCAUCUGUUUGGCACUUUUGAGGAGCGCGCGAUGCGGAGAAGCUUGAAGCACUAAAUAAAAGAAUACUUAGAAUUAUAAUUGGAGAUUACUCGUCCCCAUACACCAAUCUUGUUUCAAAAGUCAAAUCUACUUCGUUGUGUAACAAGCGCGUUCAGAAUUUUUUUCAUUUGUCAUAUAACAGUUUGUGUUUCGCUCAUUUUCCUGCUUAUAUGAAGAAUAUGUUUUCACUCCGAUCCUCUUCCUAUGAUCUUCGUCGCAACUAGAUUCUUUCACUUAGUAAACCUAAAAGAACUACCCACGAUCUUAAAUGCUUUUCUUACUUUUCAGCUAGACAGUGGAAUGCACUGCCGGACUUUUUUCGUACUAGGUUUUUUUUUCAGACUUAAGACUAAAAUACAGGGUCGGGUAGUUCAAAGCAGGGUAAAGAUAAGCCGGGGUUAGUGCGAAUUUCAAUUCAGAUAUGACAGCGUUAAAAGUAAAUUCAGUUUUAUUCUUCUUGCCUACAAUUUGAUUGUUGGUUGCUCUAAAAAGAAUAGAGAAAAUAAUCCGGGAAAAUAUUUUUGAACAAAAGAAAAGGAAACCCAGUUAACCCUGGGUUAGCGCUAAUUUUCGCAGAAUUUCCUACUUGCGAUAGAGAGAGAUUCCGCACACGCUGGUUCAACAAACGAGGACUGUAUACUUUCGUACAAAUCUGACUGUAUUCUUCAGAAUUCAACAUUACACGUUCCGUUCUACGAUCAAUUUCAAUCUAACUAAAUUUUACAAAACUGCUGCGUUUAUUAGCUAAGGAAGUCCACACCCAGAAGAGUAAUUCCAGCGUGGUCACAAUAAUCAAAUGGGGUCCAAGUUCUUUGCUCACGUUUAAUAUCGAUUCGUGGGCACUAAUUUCAACUAAUUUCCUAGUAAGUGUGGGUUUACUUGACAAUUAUGGUGCUAAUCCUUAUGUGCGGUUAAGCUAGUAAUACCCUAUUAAAUACAACAUUGAUUAAUUCUAAUUAUCUUAUCCCACGAUAUUUCCUUAAAUAAGAAAAUAAAUAAGCAUUCUUAUGUUUUACAACACUAAUCGACCUUCGAACAACUGGGCCCAGGAUAUUACCUUCGUGUUGAUUAUUUUGCUUGUAAAUACGUGAACUUAAAUUUGUGAAUUGUAAAUAAUAUUUUCUUUUCUUUACAUGGGAGGGAGCCGUAAAAGGGAAUCUAGCUGAGAUGGCAUGUCUUUGAUCCACAAAUUGAGAAAACGGUUGUCAUUACAUAAACGGCAUAACCAAAUGAGGAGGGGGAACUUCACCAACCCUUUCCCACGGGGAGAUAGCCCCAGUUCUGAAGAGAUCAAUCAAUAAUGGUAUCAGAAAUAAAUUGAGCAAACGGUUACAAGACGAUGCGUUAGAAAAAAUCCGAUGCAGGGGUAACGCCGAAUCAAAGUUUUCUCCCCUAUAUUGACCUUUUAAAAAAAGGUUGAAAGAAAUCGUGCACGUUAACACAGUUCUUGAUCCACAGCAAAAUCUUGGGCGUAAGAUCAAACGGGGCAAUGUUGGCGAUGCGCUCCUAGGCUGGAAAAUGAUUUUCUAGGUUACCAGCAACAAAGGAGUCGGGAUCUCCGAGGAGGGCAUGGAAACAUCCGCGCGAGCCUGGCCACUGAUAACAUCUACGAACUUAGAUGCAAUGUGCAUGUUGCCUUCUGCCAUCCCCUGAGCCACCUCAAGAGGCGAACCAUCAAAGCCGACCCAACGCACUUAAGGACUGAUAACACUUUUAGGGUCGAGAUCCGCCUUAAAUUCCCACCGUAGAAUGGCAGGAAAGGCACCCUUAAAACGGUUGGAAGGGGGCUAAAAAGAAAUGGAAAAAGGGCAAAUAAAAAUAGAGGAGGUGGCUCCGGGGAUGGCAGUUUUGAGCCUCAAAUAACUGGGAGGGAAAUUGACUCCCUUUCAAAGCUGCCACCCUAGAGGGGGUAAGGUAAAAAGGAAACACAAAAGUAGUAGCAAUUAACAAAUUUUAUUUGUGGCUCACGACUAAGACAAUGCCUCGACCGCGAAGGGCGCUGAACACGGGAAAAAAAAGGAAAAAACACCAAAAAGGCAAGGCAAUACGUUAAGAUCUAGAACGAUGUCGGAACCAAGAGAGCAGAACUAAAGGUCCCUGGAAAUCACGCACAAAAGCCUUACAGAAUUGACAAAGAAACAGAAAAAUAAUAUAUAAAGAACAAUAAAGAAGAAGAUACCGCGCACGGUACUAUGGAAACGAAAGAUAGCAAUGCUAAUGGCGUUGAAAUCAGUAACAUGUGACGAGAAAAUGGUGUUAUAAUGGCGAAACAAAAGAAGGAAAUAACAACUAAAAACAUAGCAAACAAAAACACGCAAUUGCCGGAGAAGCAGAAAUGAAAGAUAAGCGUUAAACAAAAUAACAAACAUACAAGGGAACUUAUCUUGUGGCAAAUGCUUAAACAAAAUUCUUGCAGUACAGAAGAACAAGAUCAGUUAAUUGCAAUGGAAGAAGACCCUGCAAAACGACGCAACGGACGAAUAAAUGACAUUAAAAUACCGAUUGACCAAAAUUCCAUGACAGGGCAAUGAAUUACAUGGGCCAUGAGACAAAAAACAAGUUAAUAAAACUUGUCAUGUCUAACUUGUCAUGUCUUAAAGCAAACCAAGUAUAAUGACCACUCCAUUUUAGUAAAGCGUAGUAACUAUGCAAAGCGUAACAGACAUAGUUAAGGAACUUCUAACGCCGGAGAAAACUAAACGAAAAUUAUCACCAGAAAGAGAAAAAAUAAUGCGACAAACACGAGUCAUAUUAAAAAGGAAAAAAAGAGACAAGAAACUAGAUGCCGGCAAAAGAAAAGCGAAAUGCUGUUAUACAAGGAAAAACAGAAACAAUGCAAUAAAUACAUUCAUGGCUAUGAGGUAACAAACUGAUUAAUAAGUUUCUCAUGCCAGAAAGCGAAUAAAUGAUUUAUUUGUUUUCUGCAUUAAAAAGCCUACGAGAUAAACCGCAGCAAACAAAGGAAUAAACAUCGGCAAUCAGGCAACAAACAAUUUAAAGAACUUAAAAUGCCGGAGAAACUAAAGCAAAGUUUUCACUACACAAAAGUUUGAAAGUAAAUAAACUAGAUGCUAGUAAAAGCAAAGCGAAAAACUAAAGCUAUUGUACCAAGUAAACUCUGUUGUAUAAAAAGUAGCAAAAAUGCAAUGAAUAACAUCGACCAUGAGGGAACAAACGAAUAAAAGAACUUCUCACGACGGGAAAACAAAUGUAUUAAAAUGCCUACGUGAUAAACCACAGCAACAAAGCAAUAAAAAACAUCGACCAUGAGCUAACAACAAUAAAGAACGUCUCAUGCCGGAAAAACUAAAGCAAAGUUUGCUAUAAAAAGUGUGAUAGUAAAGAGACAGAAAACACCGGUAAUAAUGACAAAACAAUAAACUAGAUGCCGGCACGCAAAAGCCAGGUGAAAAGCUAAAGCUAUUGUACCGGGCAAAAUUUCUUGUAUAUAAAAGAAAUAAUUCAAAACGCAAUGAAUAACAUCGGCCAUGAGGAAACAAACGAAUAAAUGAACUUCUCAUAACGGGAAAACUGGAGGUGAAAGUAGUAGCUUUAAAGAAAAUGUAUAACAAUGCGAUAUAACGCCGGUAAUGAGGAACAAAACAAAUUGAUAAACUAAAUACCGGCAAAACCGAAACGAAAUGCUAAUUGCAAAAAAGCCAGAAAAGUGCAAUAAAUUACAUCGGCUAUGAGGCAACAACAAAGAAAACUUCUCGAGCCGAAAACAAAGCAAGCAAAAUGCAAUGGGAAUACGAUGAAUAACAUCGGUCAUGAGGAAACAAACAAACAAACCAAUUAAAGGUCAAAUGAACCAAAAAAUUGACAUAUUUUCUUUUGUCGCUCUAAAGUGAGUUUUGGGUAAAGAUUUUUCUUCGGUUCGGAAAUAUCUUUCUAUUUUCUAGUUUUAGGCUCGUAAAGGCUUCUGAAGUGCUUUUGCAAAGACUUUACCGGCGCACUAUCUGACCUCUGAUGCACUCGUCAAUGUUGGUCUUUCAGGGCGGAAAACGUUCUGCGCAAGCUUCUGCGCAUCUCUUAUCGCCUGCGUUUGUUUGUCUUGUUCUGUGAGAGUUCUGACUGAGACUGAAUGAAAUACACGAGGUGCAAACGUUUGCUCCUUGUAAAGGUUUUUUUCUUGUUUUUGUUGUUGUUGCCUUUUCGUCACUUGAAAAUUACUUUGGAUUCAGAACAACCAAUAUUAGAGUAAAAACAGAUCAUUCCGUCAGUCUGAGGUGGAAUAAGACUUUUUGAACAUUUCCAAACAGGUUUGUAUUUUUCUGAUAAUUGUGCAUUCGAUUUGUGAGUUGAUUUUGAGUCCAGUGCUUCGCCUUCUUUCGCCGGGUUAAAUUAAAACCUGCUUGUAUUCUGUUAUUAGUAGUUAUGGUUACUUUUUUUACAUGCCCAGAUUUAUUUACCUUUGCAGAACCAGCUUUAUCCUUGUCUUCAGUCAAAGAACCGUAACGGCUAACGCAUGCGAGUGAACAACCUUGUGCGCUUUUAAGCUUUUAGUUUUAAAAACUUUCACGGAACUUUAGAAGGCCAGCAAGCUUACUCGAGAAGAAAAGACUACUUCGAUCAUUUUCUGUUGCUCAAGUAAUAAUAGUCAGAGUUUUUUUCCUUUAGUUUUUUCAGUUUUAAUUACAUAGUUUUGUUAUCUUUAUGCUCUUCCUAUAACUUCCUUAGAAGGUUCAAAGGCCGAUAUAACUGCUUUGCCUGAGCUCUGUUUGCUGGCAUGGGCUGGAUAGAUAACCAGAUAGCAAGCCAAGAUUGAACGUAAAGGACUAUGGGUAAAAACUCAAAGCCAGUUUAUUAAGGAAAUAAGUUCAAUAAAAAAAAUGAUAAUUUCCCAGAACAUAAAAUUGUUAAGAAUGUUACACAAAUUUGUUGAAACUUUGGCCCAGUAAAGGCGAGGGCCACAACAAACGCAAGCAACAUGGCAACUGGGCAGGGUUGGGAGGGGAAAAGCUUCAGCUUACUUGUCCACGAGUUUGAGGCAAGUGUGCUGGAUCCACUCGAAAUCGCGCGUACGUGUGGUCAAUAUGGGAUACCGCUGGCCACUUGCCACGUGAAUGCUGCUAUUACAUAACAAGGAAAAUAGCUCUGCCUUUUCACAAUAACGAUACAACAAUAUUAAGAAGGAAGUGAUAGGGAGCAUAAAAAUCCUAUUUGCUAGCAAAUAUUUCAUUUCUGUUCGCGAAUUUUCUUUCACUCGCUGUGAAGUGGCGGAGAACGACAACUGCCGGCAGUGACUCCAAAACAAUCCACUCUUUGCCCGUAAACAAUUGCUAGAGCUGGAUUUGACUGAAGCGAGCAAAACAAUCCUUAUGUGCAGUUUUCUGUAGUUUCUAAUGAUUCAGUUUGCUGAGUUUAAUUUGCUCGAAUGAAGACCCUCGCAUGGACCCGUUAUUAAAAGUAGCUAAUCUAGCUAAGUAGUCAGAAUCAUGGCUUGGCUGCGAAGCUUGCAACUGAUCUUUUGCUUUUAAGAUCUUUAGGUAGGUUGUUUCCGUAGUGAAAAUUCACUUCUUCUUUGUCAGCAGGUAUAAGAGCCUUAAGCCUUAUGUUUGUUUUUUUUUUUUGUUUUUGCUUUUUUUUUAUGAAAAUUUGUUAUUUUGCAAUAAUGUAACUUUAACUUUGUUUGAGGGAAAUCUUACGCGUAGGUUUUUAACAGGUGUGAUGCAUGUUCAACUUGACAACACAAAGCAAAAUUAAUCUGCGCGAAACGAUCAAGUUAAAAAACUAUGGUUGCUUUGAAACCGAUCUUGGGGAAGAUUUACUAGAUAAAGAUUAACUCUUUUUCUGCCCACAUAUCAAGGCCAAAACUUCUUCAUUGAAGAUUUUGUUUAUAUUUUAGUGAUCUGCGAAGCUAGAAGAGUCCGAUCGAGCGUGAGUUUUAAAAUAUCAGCUCGAGUACUACAAAGUUCAGUGACUUCAAACACAUUGUGGGCAAACUUGAAUUUCUUUGGGCAGAUUAUCAUACAAAGAUAUUUUGUUUUUGUGUCCACGGUGGAGCUCCGGACCAUAUAUACCCAGGAACUUCCUUAUACGAACACAUUUUGUGAAUGCAUCUUGAAAAAAAAUCGGAUUUACCGUGCGUGUAAAGGUCAUGUUGAGUUCCUUUAAUCAUUUACAGCAAUUUCAGGCAAAAUGAUACUACAUAAGAAGCUCUUUUAAUUUAUUAUUCUUCCAAUAUUGGUGUCGAACGUUGAAAACUUCUCAAACUGCCUGUUCUUUCCAGGUUUAUGGCCGCACAAACCACAUCUGCGCCAAGUCGACUCGAAAAACUCUGUUUUGAAUUUCCCGCUCAGGGGGGGCUGGCAGCGAGGUCUGGAACCGAGUUUACAUGAUCGCCCUAGUUAAGAAACUCGGCCGAGUGAGACUGAGUACAAAUUUUCCUUGAAAACAAAUAUGGCGGAGAAUGCAGAGUUUUGGCUCGGUUUUAAGUUUUCCCGCGUAAAAAUAUCAAGAAAAGGUUUCUAUGAACUCUUUUAAUGGACCUUUUGGACAUCAGAAGGCAUGAUGUAUGAACAGUUCAUGGGUGAUUUCACUUAUCGUGAUUCGGGAUCUCGGCAAGUUCAGCUAUUUUUAAGCUUCGUGAAUUUUCGAGCUACCAUCUUGCUCCAUCUGUUAUAUUUUUCCACUUACAGUGGUAUUAAGACUCUCUUCCUUAUCUUAGACAUAUGCUACGGCACGAUGUAUUGUUAUAAGUCUUGCAACAGUCCUAUGUGAAUGUUCAUUAAACCGCUGAUUUUCUAUUUCACUGUUCGUAAGUUUGUUUGUACACCAGGAGGCACAACAAAUAUUUAUAGGCGUAAAUACAGAAUACAGGGCCAAUUUAGUAAAAACCAGGGUAAAUGUUCCAAUCACUUUGCUUCACAUAUAAGCUAUUUUUCAUAUCAGAACGCUGGGAGGGGUUUACUGAACCUUCAAAACCUUUAUUGGAAUGUCAUUGGAGUGAUAAUCAAUAAAUUUCCAACACCAAUACCAUAUUUAGUAGUUUUGUAUUAGAUAGUGACUUCGGUUUCAAGUAUUUCCUUGAAAUUGUUGGUACAAAAAUUACCCUUUAAUAAGUUAUGAAUUACACUUGAAAUAAUUAUAGUGGUUUAGUGUAAGAACAAGAGGCUAACUCAGUUGCUAAUAAGGGUGAGUACAUCAGGAAAGAGUAUGCGUUGAGAAAAUCCCCCAAAGGACUGAAGUACAAGAAACAGAAAAAAAGAACUGAAUGUUUUGCAAAGUUUAUAAAGAGAAUCAGAAGAGGCUUGAAAAAUAUACAACUUAAGUUGAUUGUCUGUGUAAGUUAUGAAUCUGAUUUACAACUAAAUUAUACAAGGUAAAAUUGAUUUUUUAUCAACCAUCAAAAGAAGUUAUUGUCGGGCUUGAACUCCAUCCUCUCAGCAGUUCUUUCUACGAUGCUACCCUUGGCUUAUUUGGCCUAGAUGGGUAUGUGCUGCUGAUUUAGGGUGGUGACCAUUUCACCCUUUAGAGUUUUGAACAAGGUGUCUGUUUGGGUUGUGAAGGUUGAAGAGAGUACAGUCUAUUGGUACCACCAUUUCCCCCCAAAGUUUUGCCAUGUUUCUAAGUUUAAAAGCUACCUUAAUUCUGUAUGCUAAUUGAAAAGGAAAUGAAUCAGGAUUAUAAAAUAAGGUCUCUUGGCUUAAAAAGGGUAGGGAAAUGCACAAUGUGUCCUACUAACCAUAUACUGUCUUUCAGUGUAAGCCCAGGGAGGUGAUCUCACAUUUUAAUUCCCUUUUACUACUUGUUGUAACAGCAAAGUCAGUGAAAGUUUAUGGUCUCUGAAAAAUAUUUUUGUCAGCCUUAACACAAGUUUCUAACUGUUAUUGUUGACUGCAAAUAAUAUUAUCUUAAUAAUCAUUUUACCUUUCUGUCUAUUUCUUUGACGUAAGUAUUCAUGGGCGAAAAAAAUAAAACCUCUGUAACCAAAGCUUUGUUCACCAACUUCACCCGACCUAAUUGCUUCCUUCAAGUAUGGAAGAAUUUGUUCAUUGUUCUGAAGAUAAGAUCACAUGCAAAACUGACUUGCAUUUUGUUAACUGUGAUGAAAACAAGAAAAUCUUUGCGUGUUGUCUCCCUCUCCGCCUCUUCUCUCGUAGUCUACAGUCUGUACUGCAAUCUUAACGUUCUAUAUUUGCACGACUCAACCCAGUGCUACAAACAAAGGACAACGCUCGUCCAGCCGUAGUUCGUAGUCCGUAGUCUCCGUAUCUUAAACUCCCUAUUUCCAAGCGACUGCUACGCAGCCUAUAUUGAAAAAUAAUAAAUAGUACCGUGCCGCAUUUGAAGGUAAAUCCACCCAAGCAAGUUUAGCGUCAUUUGUACAUCAUCUAUCAUCGGCAUGAUCUGCGUCGCUUUCAAUUAUACUGGGAAACAAAGAAAACGAGAAAAAAAAAGGACCCUGAAAGGUAACUUUGUAAAAAUCCAGGACAUGCGUUUUAAACUCAUUUUGUAGCAUUUGUAAUCAUGAUUCCGACUUCUUGUUAUGUUCAUUUUCACUGAAGUAAAUCUAUCAUCUGGCAUAAUUUGUCGAUAGUUUAUUAGGGCAUCUUGAAAACAGUUCUUGAAGCCUUUUGGACUUGACCAGCCGGAAGCAAUUUUACUUCAGAGUUCAGAUGAAACUGUCACCCGACGCGAUUCUCACGGUUGCCCGUUUUUCAGGAGUUUUUUUUCUUUUUAUAUUUUUCGACGGACAAUUUCACCUUUUUGGCUUUUCAGAUAGCAAUACCUAUUUAGAUACCGAAAUUUCCAUUUUUCCUUGCGCUUUGAUGGGCUAGAAAUAACUUUGGUGUAGUUUUGUCCUUUGUUUACAUGGGUUCUGCUUUGUUUACAUUUCACGUUCUUGUCGCUUACGGAAGCCCGAGGGGCUAUAUUUAAAAUUGUAUUUUUCGCAGAGCUGAAACUUCAGGUCUAGUUAAAAGAAUCAGAGUUCUUUCAUAUAGUAUAAUCAUAUUUUAAAUUUGAGACAUACCAGAAUCGACUUUUUGCGGUUAAAGUUGGGCGUUAUUUCGACCUCCAAAACAUUGCGCAAUCAAGGUGGAAACAAUGAAAGCCCAAAACUAUAUUACCAAAGUUAUUUUGCGAGACAUUUUUAUGCAGUCUUAAAGCGUUGGAUAACUGGUAAAUGCAUGUGCAAGAUCAAGUCAAUAGGAGCUUUUGCGCGCUUGUACUGCUUUCUUGAAAUUGUUGAAAUUUGCAGCAAUUUCGUGAAUAAAAUUGAAUGUAUUUUUAACGAAUUUUUGAACUUUUCCAAAUUUCUCAAAAUGUAAAGCGCUUGAGGAUACUAUUUCUUGAAAUAGUUCACCUAAAGGGUUGUUUGGGUGUUGUAUUAGCCAAAAUUCGAAGUUUUAGAACUGAUUUGAGAUUCUCGAUAUUUUCCGACAUUGGCUCAUGAGAAGGUUUGCGUUUAAUUAUGAAGAUUAAAUUAAAAACAUGUAAAAGAUAUAGAUAUACAGUUGAAUGGUGAGGCGAGUUGAAUUUAAUUUGCUUACCUAGAAUGCAUGAUUUUUUCGAGGCCUUUUUGUACAGCUGUCACCUGUUGUGGGUUUGGUUUCUGGUUUUAGUUUUGCCCAAGUCAUUUUUUGUUUAAUUUCUUUUCGUUCCGUUUUUAAGGAAUUUCGUUUUUAUUUCAUUCUUUUGGCUUCUUCCUGUGAAAAUUCUCAGAGACACUUAUGUCUAGUUUUAUUUUUAACGUUCGCGAUAUAAUAUAAUAUUGAUCUCAUAACAGCCAAGAAAACCAAACCUGACUAUAGGAAUAUGACCAGAAAGCCUCGAGUCACAUUAUAAUUUUAUUUUUGAUAUCUGGAACGUGGGCUAUUAAUAGAUAAACCUACCAUAAAAAGCGUCGUACCGUUGUUGGUAACACACUCGUGGAUUGGACAGCGAGUCUCAUUAGAGUGUGUGGCGGAUGGUGUACCCUUGCCAAACAUUACUUGGAAGAAACCUGAUGAAAGUCUUAUUAACAGUGUUCAAGCCGCAAAGAGCACGGUUGAAGUACUUAUGCAAAGUGAUGCAGACUUUGGAAACUACACCUGUGAGGCUGCAAAUGGUGUGGGUGCUGAUACGCGCAAAGUUUAUGUGAAACAACUCAGUAAGUAGUAUGCCUAACGAAUGUUUAGUUUCAAAAUUAAAAAAAAAAUCGCGUACACAAAAUGAGUCGGCCCACUUAUUUUUGUCCCUGAUCAUCCAGCAAACACACGACAAUCUGCGGUCUAGAACUACAACAAUGCAACACGGAAAAUGUAGAAUGAAAAUUGAUAGUGAAUUUACUUUAUCUACUUGAUUAAGAUCUUGAGAGAUGUUAUUUAAACGGUUUAACCUCCGCGUACGGACUCGGAAAAAUCUAGUACCUAGUGCAUUAUUGCACACCUUUAUAAUGUACUCUUGCUGUUGACGGGGAAAAUUCGCAGGGACGAAAACUCAUUUUAUCUAUUUAUGAUCUUCGACUUGAUAAAGAUGAUUUGUUUCUGUUGUUCUUCUCCUUUAAAUAGGAGCCCCAGGCUCACCCAAUAUCUCAGUAACUACUGAAGCAACUUCAUUGACAGUAACAUGGCUUCCCCCAAUUUAUGGCGGUGGCAGUACUGUUACGGGAUACCUAGUACAGGUCAUUAAUAGCACUCAUGGCAUUUUCAUAAGAAAUUUCACCACUCCACAUUCUGCGAGGAAGCUAGAGAUUCCAAACCUGAUAAAGAACACAGUUUACGCGGUGAGGGUAAUUGCCAGAAAUAAAGUUUCUUUUGGAACAGCUGCGGAAAUCUUGGCUAAAACAAAGAUUGUUGGUGGGUAUGACUGUGAUAUUUAUUUCUAUUCAUAUUUAUAACUUUCCACUUUUGUUCUGGAUUUACUAUAAAAUUGAUUGUGGUUAGAUGUUUGCUUCACAGUACAAUUAAUACCAGAGGGUCCAGAGGAGUUUAGGUUGUCGUGCAAACAGUACCCUGCGAGCAGAGGCUACGUUUUCGUGGUAUGAACUGGCGUGCGAGAAGUAGCCAGCUUAUACCGCGAAAAUGUAGCCUGUGCUUGCAGGGUAUGCGAACAGUAAAGACGUACACGGUGAAAAUAAACCUGAAUCCUAGAGUUAUAGUUUGUUUGCACAACGUAUUAUAUACUGCAGCCCGAAGGACAGUGAGGGCUCGGUAAAUUCCAAGUUCGGCUUCCAGUGAAUAAUACAAGCCUGAUGCUUCGGUCUGAAAGCUUGGCUCUCCGACGACAACUGCAACCAGUUAUACCCAAGCUUACCCAGAUAACCAAUAGCGGCGCCAUUCGAUGGUAAUACGGCCAGUCUCGAAACAUCAUCGCCUGACGCAACGAUUUAGUAUAUAUUGGCCCCUGAUAAUUUCCCUGCUGACAAAAAGGACCUCCCCCGUUUUCCUUAGACAGUUUUUUUGGCAUCUUAAAGACUGAAAUCGUUGAUUUAAUGUAGAGAGAGAACAAUAAAAUUUUAUGAGGAUCAGUAAUUAUAGCCAGUGAGCCAUGCGAGGUAGACGUGCGAGACAAAACCAAGUCAUUAUUAGCAAAAAGAAGUAGAGGACUCCUGCCGUUCGUAAAGAACUCUCUAUUGACCGACAUUAUUUCGUCCUCUUUGAAAAAAAUUUUCCUUGCGAUAUGAUAUGGAGGUUCCUUAAAAUUUCUCUAAGAUGCUGUUGGUUCUGCUUAAGGUUUUAUUUCCCCGUCGUUACUUUCUUUCGGCUAGGUAAAGCCGGAUGGUAUUGUGUAAAAAAAGUAGUAAUCUUGUACAUUCUGUUGGCGGUGUAACCUCCUUACGACUGGGUGGCCUCUGCACUUUUGGCUUGAUUCGAAAUUUUGGAUGUUUUCCUCUCAAAGGUUUUUUUUUUUUUAUCAUAAGACCUAGCGCUUCUCCUUUAAGGAACCUUUAUGUCUGUGGGUAACGAGAAUAGGGUUAUGACGUCCUUUAUUAAAAGUCUGAGCUGUAAGCCUGUAAUGCGUUUGCUUGUCCAGGAUGAACAAUAUGAUCUUGAAUAGCCGCCGUAAACCAUUUUCAAAAACUGUAAUGUUUUGCAAAUCGUAGGCACCUCUGGCGACCGGGCGCCCUUAAGCAGCAGCCUUGGGUGAACGGCCCACCCUCCCACCCAGAAAAUCGAGUGAGUCGUAUUACUGACCUACCCCUAAGCCAAGCUUGUCCGGUCCCAGCUUGGUUUAGUCCGCUGAUCAGUCAUUUUCCCAUACCUUAAUGCAACUGAGUAUGAAUAUGAAUGUUGUUGUAUAGAUUACUACUUGAGUCAUACGUCUUAUAAUGAGCUUCCGGCUCGGAUAGUCUGGACAAUCAUCAAAUAGAUUGAUUAAUUGAUUGAUUGACCGACUCAGAGCAUCAGACUAAGUGUUUCGAACAGUUACCCAAAAAAAAAAAAACAUAUAUACGCUACCUGUUGUAAGUCAAGUCAAACUCUACACAUUAACGACAAGAUUUUAUUUACGCAGGUCCACCGACGACCGUUCUUGCUAAAUGUAAGAUGCAACAUGACAAUGGUGCCAUUUACAUUUCUUGGAAACAACCAGCAAGUAAUGGAGCUGACAUAACGUUGUAUAAGGUUUACCAAAGGAGAAGGAAUGAGGAGGAGUGGAUGGAGAUAAGAACGAUAAAAAAUACCUCCUCCCUUGGAUUUGUCGUUAAAGAAUUAGAAAAAGGCAAAGAAUAUGAAUUCUUGAUUACAGCAAGAAAUACAUACGGGGAAAGCCUAAAGAAAGGGUAUUGUAAACGGGUUCAAGUACCUGGAGGUAGGUACCGCAUUUCCUCAUGUUAUUAGCUUAUUUCAAAAGGAUGCAAGACGUUUGACAAGGUCCUCAAUGGCAGCAAAAGUUUCUUUUUUUUAAUAAUUGACAUAAAGUAAUGAAUAUGUGAAUAUCAUCAUAUGAACUGCAAGAUGAAGAACGAAAUGCAGAGGGGAUCACCACACUUAAACACACAACGUUUGCAGUUGCGAAAAGCUAGCGCUUCUGAGUAAUAUUUGUUUCGUUUCUCCAGUUCUCAUAAUUAUAUGAUUUAUUUCAUAUACAUCUGUCGCAGUAGUUAUUGUGUGAAAGGUUUGAACCCAGGAGUCAUGUCAAAAGUAGGUUGAGUUUGAUCGUCCGGGUGAACGUAGUCCUGAAUAGGAUUGUUUUUGUUGACAGUGACUGACGUUACGACAACCUGUGCGAUAGUCAUCUUCAGAGUCAAAGUAAGUUGUAUCACGUCAGUUGAUGGUAUUAUACCCUGGUUAUUGAUCUGAUUGGUACAGCAAUGGGCUCUCCAGUUUCUGUUGUUGUGGCAGAAAUUGUCAUCUGAAACAUCGAGGAACAAGCCCUAGCUACCUACACGCGAACUAUACCUCUUUGGUUACGUUACGUUGGCGACACAUUCACCGUCGUACACAAAGACGGAAUCGACGAUUUUCACGAACACCUUAACAGCCAGAACGCGGACAUACAGUUCACCAAGGAGAUAGAAGAAAAUCGUAGGAUAGCUUUUCUAGACUGCUUGAGUCACUCGCGACAACAAACUAAAAACGACCAUUUACAGAAAACCGACACAUACCGACCGAUUACUAGACCAGUCUUCGUACAACCCGACCUCUCACAAGGUUACUACUAUCUGGACUUUGACGAGACGUCGCGUUGAUCAAACGCUGAGUGGACUGUCGGAUGUUCUGCUCUGACUAAUAGAAUUGUUGCAAAAAUCAUUCUUGUUAAUGUUGUGCCUCUUUGUUAGACGGAACACUCACAGUAACACUGAUUCCAACAAUCAGACCAACUCUUGUCCUGUUACGACAGCGACUAUACCGUACAUCAGAGGCACCUCUCAAACUAUUGCACGUAUAUUACAACAUUACAAUACACGUGUUGCACACAAACCGAUAACCACUUUACGACGACUGCUUACUAAUGUCAAGGACAAAGACAAACCGGAGGACAGACAGGGAGCAGCAUACAAGAUCAAAUGCUGCGACUGGCAGUCUUCUUACAUUGGUGAAACCGGCAGAAACCUUAGCACGCGACUGACCGAACACAAACGAGCCACGAGGAAUGGUGACGUCAACAAUCACAUUGCUGAGCACCAUUUACAGAUGAAACAUCAAAUUGACUGGGACCCUGCGGCAUGUAUAACGUAUUCUACAGACUACUAUCAACGUCUUACUUUAGAAAGCUGGUUUACUAACUCAAAACAAACGCCACUGAAUCGUAGCCAACAGUUACCAGCGCCGUAGAAACGACUAUUGACGAGAUCAAGCAAAACUAACUACGAGAGAACGACUGGAGAACUGACAGUUUGACUAACAAUAGACGACUGUUUAACUGUAAUAAUAGACGGAUCGAAACGCACCAAUUACUGAUUACGAGUCUUCAUAGCCAAAAACAUCACGGUUUAACUGACAGACGACCAAUAACACCGCGACGUAAUUGACCAAUCAGAUCAAUAACCAGAGUAUAAUACCAUCAACUGACGUGAUACAACUCAGUUUGACUCUGAAGAUGACUACCGUAAAGGUUGUCGAAACGUCAGUCACUGUCAACAACAACAGUACUAUUCAGGACUACGUUCACCCGGACGAUCAAAACUCAACCUACUUUUGAAGUAAUUAUUGUAUUAUGUAUAUUUGCUUAUUCGUAUCAGACGGGAUAUUAUAUUUCUUUGUUAUUAAUUCUUUACUCCAUCAGGCGAUGCGUCCUGUGGUAAUCCAAGUUUGAAAAACAGGUUUCUUUCGAAAACGUGUUUGUGAAACAAUUUUGUUUAAAUAAUGACAAAAAGAAGAAAACAACACGUCCAGAUCAUUUUCACCAAGAAGUGUUUUAUUUCCUUGCCCAGCAGAGGUCUCUCACGGCAAAAGAAGAAGGAGAGGAGAGAAAUAGUCCUCUACCGGCCUCCGUUGCGUCUUCUAUCACGCAUGCAAUGACGUUUCCUUAACAAGCAGUAACGUUUUAGUCACGUGCGACACAACUUACAGAACCGGCCUGUGCAAUACAAAUAGUCCUUUCUCCAAAAUUGCGCUGGCUGAGUGAGGCCUGGAAACUGGGUUUUGCAUGUUUACACAGCUAAUACACAGCUGGCUGAUCACAGCUGAGAUAACAGAUAGAUUUGAUGCGAAAUAUUCAUUAAAAAACAAAAAAAAACAGAAAAUGCCCCACAACUGCUUCGUUCCCUUAAGCAAUAAUAACACAAACAAGAACAAGAAUUCGCAAAGACGAAAAAUCGAAAAUUCGCAGAGACGAGAGAUUAUUUUCUACUGUCACAAACAACACAGGUGUCUGCUCGAUGCAUUUCUGCGAGGAGGAUUACACGGUUAGCGAAGGGGGGAAAGGAAAGAAGACCUUCCUGAAGAAAAAAUGCUGUCCAGUCUAUUUUUCAGUGGUCCAGUUAAAAAACGGUCCCGGACUACUUUAGCAAGCAAAGGAAAACAAAAAGGAGAAUCACAGGAGGAACCAAGGCGGAAACGUCGGAGAAAAAUCUGUCAGCAAUGCGAAAGGAAACGUGGUGUCAUCGAGAAACUACAAGCGGAUCUUCAGGAAAAAACAGCGCAGUUGAAAGAACUUGGUGAUAAAGUGCAGCAUUACCAAAACAAAAGCCAAAAGCGUGAGCAUGCUAGCGCCUUGAAGGAGGACAAACUGGAUACACACAUCUGUUUUCUGCUAAGAAUUUUCGUGAAAAAGACAAAUAUGUUCGAUUUUACACCCUGGCUGGUAUUAUAUCCUGGAACGUAUUUUUACAUUUGUUUACCUUUAUUACUGAUGAAUGUAAGGGUAUGAAAUGUUGGAGAUCAGCUGUUAAAGUAAUUGUAAAUCACCAGCAUGAGUUACAUCAAGGGAGACCUCUUGGAUUGUCAAUGCUUGAUGAUUUUUUCCUGACUAUUGUAAGAUUGAGACGUGCCUUUGCAGAGGAGCAACUUUCUGUCUUGGAUUAGCUUGUUAUUUUUUGAAUUGGGGUCCAUUCCCAUCUGGCAGAGUAAGGACUUGAUAUGGGAAACAAUGCCUAUUGCUUUCAAAGAAAGUCAUUCCUGUUUAUAAAUGUGAUGACGAAACUGAUCCUGGGAACUAUGGACCAAUUUCUCUUUUAUCUAAUUUUAAUCGUAUAUUUGAGAAAGUGAUGUUUAAACGUUUCAAAGCUUUUGUUGAUAAACAUGACGUUCUUUUCAAAGCACAAUACGGUUUUCGUGAUAAACAUUCCACACAGGACGCCAUCCUUGAUAUUGUAAAUACCAUACAAAGCAACAUGGAGAAGCAACUAUUUACAUGUGGAAUUUUUAUAGAUUUAAAAAAAGCUUUUGAUACAGUAGACCACUCAGUUUUAUAACAUAAAUUAUACCAUUAUGAAAUUCGAGGAAUUAUCAAUGACUGGUUUUCGCCUCCGUCAGAAGAAAAUCAAUUAUCACAUUACUUUAAUGGUGACUGAUAAUAGUGAAAAUGGAUACACUUCACUCGAAUGUAAAGAUUAUGCUAAAUGUUAAAUAUCUGGGUGUAUUAAUUGAUAACCACCUAUCUAGGAAACAUCACAUUAAUUGCAUAGCACAAACAAACGAACUUAGCAAAGUCAUUGGGUUAUAGCUCGUUUGAGACAUUUGGUUCCAUUUCAUACCCUACAUAGCAUUUAUCAGUCUUUCAUGUUUCCUUGUUUGUCAUAUGGUCUGGUUGUCUGGGGUCAGGCUCCGCAAUCACAUUUGAAUAAAAUAUUAAUGCUUCAAAAAGGUGCGUUACGUAUAAUGCAUUUUUCUAAACCCAGAGCCCAUGGAGUCCCUUUGUUUGUUUCUGAAAAAUAUUACCUGUUCAGUAAAUUUGCAGUGCUUUGAGACAGUGUCGAAUCUCUGUAUUAUAUCUCAAAAAACUCUGCCCCGGAAAAUAUCGCAAUAUAACUUUAUCAGAUGUAGUUUAAUUCACCCCCACAAUACCAGAGCCUCCACGUCGGAAAAUUAUUAUAUCAAGUAUUCGCGCGCGAACCAACUGAGUAAUUCUAUUGCAAUUUUUGGAGCAAAAUUAUGGAAUUGCCUUCCACUUGGAAUACGCAGACUCCCAUUUCUGGCUUUACAACUUUACAUGAACACUGAGUGAUAGUUUCUAUACAUCAGUCUACGGAACUAUCAUCAAAAACAAUUCUUACGCUGUCUGGCGUUUCAGUAUUUCUCAUUCAUCGAUAACACUUCGCUUUUAUCACGGAGAAAUCUCCCGAAAGCAGGAUUUUGACGUCUUAAAGGUACGUUUCUAGAUAGUACUUGUCCCCUUUCUGCUUUCCCUUAUUCGUUUCAAGCCAUUUCUUCGAGAACUCAAAAUAUAUUUAAUGAUUUCUCCCUUUCGUCUGCCGCUCGCGCCAUAUUAAACUUUUUCAUAAUUCUAUAUUGGAGAACGGACUAUUUGGGCAACACUGAGACGCGCACUCCACAUUAAACGAAACCGGUUUUGAAAUUUAGUGAGUUUCCAUCACAAAUGUCGGUGGCUACAUGAAAGAACGCGUUGGGGGGCCGGCAGAGGUCUACCUUUUUCCUCUUCUUCUUCUCUUGUCGUGAGAGACAUCUGCUAGCAGGGAAGUAUGUUUUAUCGAAUAAACACUGGAAAGAUUGUCGUCAAAGCGAUCCAUAUUUUCUUUUUUGUGUUGUUGUUGCUACUUUGGUGAAAGUCACUGGAACGCACUAAAAUCAAACCCUGGAAAAAUUGAAAGCAGAUAAUCAAGUAAAUUAGCUAACCUGCCUUUUAAAGUUACUUGAUAUUGCCACAUCAUAAAGUCCUCUAUUCGCUAAGUGCGGUCACUGCUUCAUCUGCACAGAUGUUCCAGAGGCAGUAAACACCACAUGCAACAUAAAAAAAAGCAAAGUGAUUUUAACAUGGAGGCAACCGGCAAACAACGGAGCAGUCAUCACACGGUAUAAGGUAUACCAAAAGGGGACAAAGAAGGAGCAGUGGACAGAAAUUGAAACCUUUAAUAACGCUACACGUAAAUACGUUGUCAGCGAAGUAGAGAAGGGCGGAGAGUAUGAUUUCGUUGUUACUGCGACCAACGAUUAUGGAGUCAGUCCAAAGAUGGGGGGCUGCAAAGGAGUUAAAUUGCCGGAAGGUAGGUACAACGUUACUUAGGGUGCGUUCCUUUGAGAUGAUCCUGAUCCGGAUCAUCUUAAAGGAACGCACCCUUAAAUAUGCUUAUUACAUGGUUAUACAGUUAAUACUGCUAUUCCCUCGAAAAAACUCUUUCGGUUUGCGACUGCCUUUACUUCUCCUUUAAUUUUCAUAACCAGCUGUUACUAACCACUUUGGAAGAUGUGGAUUCCCUUUCUAGUGUUUUACGUUUGUUUUCGGUCUUAAAAUAACAAAGAAAGUCAGGGGCGAUUGACGUCACUUAAAGAUAGCGAUGACGAAAUAUUGCACGGGCUAUGCGAUGAAGAAAUAGCCGAACUACUGACUCAAGAAGAUAGCAAGAAUUCACAAAAAUACACCUGAAAGGAUGCUGGCUGCUUUUGAAAAAAUAUAACAAUAUCUCCGAGAAAAAAUGAUACCCGUUCGUUUUUCGACACUGUGUCAUGGAACUUUCUGCAUUAGCGAUGUCAGUAAGAAACAGAUUUGUGCAAACUGAACAAACAGUUGAAAAACCUAUUACUAGAUCUGUUGAUGGUAUUGUUUAAUGUAAGGUUGUAAGUUAAACGAAAUCAUUGACAACAAACUUCAAAAAAAUUUAUUAGGGAAAACGAAAAUCCAGAUUGCAGCAAAAACGUAAAACAGAAACGGACAAAAAAGGUCGUUCUGACAAGACAUGAAGACUAAAUUGCAGUACUUACUGCAGUUAAAGCUGGUUAAAGCGACAUGACCGCCGUUUUGCAUUAUUUUCGCAGUGAUUUUUCUGGCAUAUUUUGCUUGAUUCUUCUUCAAAUAUUUUGUUUGCUAGCGCGAAUACAUAGACAACGAUCAGGGUCGUGAGUUAAGCCGCCACAAAGAUUCACCCCUGUUUAGGGGCAAGAUCGUUAGAAGAACCCGGAAGCAAUCACAUUGCAGGAUUUGCAGGAUUUCUCUCGCCCUCUUACUCAUCCUCGGGGACCCGGCGGUAGUCAGUCGGGUCGGGAGAAAAGGCGCGACGAGCGUUUUCAAAAACAGGCGGAAAAUCCCCUGGGUACCGACUAUCGCCGGACCAUUUCCAGACGGUCAAGCGAAUGCUGGCUCUUGAUUGGGCACAAAAAAUGCUUUGUAUUAUUGUGCCCAACCGACGAACAGUAUCGCCUGAGUUCUUUUCGAGCGUUCGUAAACGACUGUUAUUGUCUCGCCGUACUAUAUUGUAAUUGUCCGGUUCGUUCACGUACGUACGUACGUUGUGCGUGCAGGGAAAACUUUCCAUUUCUACUUUACUAACCAGAAACGAAUGAAGUACAGGUGACUCGGGAAAUCGUUCGGAUGCUAUCAGCAGAACCAUUCCAGUUCGCACCGAGAAAAUUCUGUUUCUGACCGAUCACAAGGUUUCGUAAAUAUAAUGGAAAUUUAACAUCAAGCAUGGCGGCGGCAGCAAAACGUCACUUUUAAAAUGAAUUCGCGUUUCUUCAGACUUUGUCACGUUUAUUCUAAUUCGCUGUAAAUGUCAAGUGAACGAAUUUUCAAGGAGUUGAUUUCUUGGGGAACGCACUCAAGUUUAGAAAGAAAAAAAAGAGAAAUUUUCAUCGUGCAAUUAGGCACUUUCACGUCAUUGUGGUACAGUGACGGCAAAGAAAUGUACCAAAAAUCGUGAUGCACGUGCAAAGUUGUUGUAUUGUUUUUAUCAAAUCUACUGCUUUUUUACCUUCUCGUUGUCGUCACCAUCGUCCUUGCUAAAGCUCCCUUGUAGAAACCUCCUCGGAGCAAAUUGAAAUGGUUCUGCGUACAGCAUCCGAUUUUUUUCACGAGUCAUCCGUGGUUCAUUCGUUUCUGGUUAGUAAAGUAGAAAGUGAUAUCGAAAGUUUCCCUUGCACGCACAACGUACCUUGGUGAAAAAACCGUACAAGUACAAUAUAACAGCGAGACAAUAGCAGUCGUAUACGAACGCACGAAAAGAACUCAGCCGAUGCUGUUUGCCGAUUUGUUUUUAGAAAAGUAGCAACAAAUGGGAGUGGACAAGGACUGCAUGCAUGUUAAGCUUUCGUUCGCAACCGAAUUCUUCCACGGUUUGCUACCAACGAUUGUUUCUGUUUGGCAACUCAAAAGUUAUUAUUUUCUAUUAAUGCUGAAGUCCAGCGGUUGAUCUGUAAAAACCUCCUCAACAGCCUGGGCUGCAUGGAGUCGUAUUUAAUCAAGUCGGUUUGCGCGUAGGUGUAACUCGACCUAAUAUGUAGGUGACAGGGAAAGAGGGAGACUUCUCGACGAGAGAGAGAUAAAGCCGAACAUAACGCGUCUGAAUUAAAGAUACUUACUGAUGAAAUGUAUGAAUUAAACAAUGUCAGAGUGAAUAGCUAAGCGACGAGAUGUCUUGGAAUUCCUACAAAAGUGCAUAAAUUAUGCAUGAACUGAAGACUGGACUUAAGGUGGCCCGUUCCUAUUUAUAUGCGUGUUGGUUAUAUUUUUCAUUCGCGUUUUUCAGAAUGAAAGAUUCAACCGAUUUCUACGAUUUUUUGCAUCCUUAAUAAAUAACGAUAGAACUUUAAGAAACUGUCAUUUAUUUUCUUAUAGGUAUGAAAACGUUUUAGAUAUCGGCAUAAAUUUAAAACCUCAUUUUUACGAAAAAUGAAAAUAACUUCGAAAUCCCUCGACAGAUUUUUCCCUAACUUCAGCAAAUAAGCCUCAGAGCUCUCUAGUUUUAUGUCUGCUAGUUUGAAGGCAAUCGUGACCGUAGAAAUCGCUCCACAAAAUGGUGGUCAAAUUCAAUGCUAAAAUGAUAGGCCAACACAUUUGUGAACCUAAACGCACAAAUAGGGGAAGAGAGCAGACAAACUACCUCUUAACUGAAACGUUGUUCUUACCCAAAGCAUUGUUGAAAGAAAAUGAGUAAUCGGACAACUACGGCGAACACAGUUAGCGCUUUAAUACAACCAACGCGUUGAAAUUAAAUAUAUUCUAUUUAUCCAACUUACUCUGCAUUUGUCCGUUCAUUUUCGACAAAAAUAUUAAGAAAACAAAACACAGAAUCUGCAGAAACCGCUUGGCAGUUUUUAGCUUCAAAGGUUCUCGUUCUAAGGCGAAAUAAGCCUGCUAGUUCGAGAACACCUCGCCACCCAACUUUAAGCUGCAGUGAAAACCCUCUCACGAGCAGUAUGCCACUUUCGUAAAAAUGAGGUUUUAAAUAUAUGCCAACAUCUCAAAAGUUUUUAUACCUGUAAGAAAAUAAAUAACAUUUUCUUAAGUUCCAUUAUUAUUUAUUAAGGAUAUAAAAAAUCGUAGAAAUCGGUUGAAUCUUUUAUUCUGAAAAACGCGAAUCAAAAACAUAACCAACACGCAUAUGAAUAGGAACGGGCCACCUUAAUGCAGAUAAAUUUGCUACUUUUUGGGUGUUUCCGAAAGUUUGUAUCACUCAUACUUUUUUGUAAAUGACCUCAUACACUCUACAGCAGGCUCCACGCAAUUAAACUUGCACAGUUUCCGAAAACAAAACAAAAAAUGUGAGUCAGGGUAAAACGCAAUGCUGAGGAGCUCACUUUGUAAUUAUUUUCAAAAGCUAUUUUCACGAAAACAGCGAUUAAACCCAAAUUCGUCGAUAUAUUUUCUUUAAAAACUUUCAGUGCUGCAAUUGAUCAGUGUACUAUAAAAUCCGUUCCCGAAUUUCGUGUCCAUUGAAAACUUUUUAAUUUGUCUAACAUGGGCGCAAAUUUGAGUAAAUACCGAAGCGAUGUCAGAAUUGUUGAAAAUUUUUGCGUUCUACCUUGAUUUACAUGUUUUCGUGUUUUUCGAAAUCGCACAAUUCUUAACUUGCAUUUAGCCGGUUGUAGAUUAUAUAAAGGUUAUUUACGGAACGAAUGGGUGAUUAAAACUUUUCGGAAACAUCCAACUUUAACAAAUUUGUCUGCAACAAGUCCAGUAAGUUCGUAAGUCUUUACAUUGUAAACAGAGUAAGUACCUUAGUCUAUUGUAUUCUAAAUAUUGUAUUGUAAGUAGUGUAAGUAUCGUAGUGUUUGUAAGUAUUUUUGAUUGUUGAUUGUCGAUUGAAUAAAAAAAAAAAAAAAAAAAAAAGGCCAGCCUUCACUUCAUGUAUAAUUUAUGCCCUUUUUUGUAGAAAUUCCAAGAUAUCUUGAAAUUCGUCUCUAGAUUUUCGUGAAACUUCGCAGAACACAAGACAAGCACCCAAAGUACACGUAGCUUCUCUCAUUUCUAAGACUUCAAAGAAUAAAAUCUUACGAAAAGUUAAGUUACAUGAAAUUACUUUUCUCUAUGGAUAAAAAUGAAGGAAAUCGAUUUUUUAACUCUUACCACUCGAUGCUCGAUAUUUCCUGAGCGUCGCUCUUAAGUUCAAUUUCGUGAAAUUACCAUACGUACAAGUACAUUACAGUCAAUCAAACGGUAAAAAAGCGCCGUUACUGGCGCACUGUAACACUAUACUUAGAAUUAUACUCAUUCAGUACGUUUUUACAAUUAAAUUAUAUUACAAAUAAAUUUUAAGCGGUUUGCAUUUCCUACGUCCAGUCAAGAAUAAUUGUCAUUUUCAAAUAGCUUAAACACUUAGUUCAACAUCCUAAGAGUUCGAUGGUCUGGCGUCCCUUUACCCCGAAGCCAAGGAAUGGCUGGAGGAUACGGACAUCCUAGUCUAAACCACAACGAAGCUGAAACUAAUUCAUAGAACAGGAUCAAUUAAAUUGAAUGCAUGUGCAAUAACCAUAAACCUGCAUUUAACGGUAAUUCUUUUACAGAUAUAAUGGUCUUUUUCACAGUAGAGACGGAUCAUCCGUUAGGGUUAUCCGUUAGAUCAUCCGUCUCAGACGGAUAAUGCAUCUCUAGUGUGAAAACGGCUAAUAAACCAGUUCCUUUCACUUCCUUUCGCGUGUCACUUCCUGCAUCUCUCAUACCCUGGAUGAUUUCUUCAACCGAUUAGAUGCAAGCUAAACAUCAACGGAACAUCAACGUUGUUUAAUUCCCUUCUGGUUUUACGUCUUAUUUUCUGAUUCUUUGCUGUUGUUUAAAUUUAGCACGUUUGUUGAACUAAAUAUUCUUAUUCUUAUAAUAGCAGUAAAUUAUUCAUUAUAAAUGAAUUGAAGAUAGUGAUAGAGUAUUAGCAAUUGAAGCGCUGUAAACAAAGUGAAAAUUAUUAGGUAAACGAUAAGCAUUGUGUAUCCUUUCAGUAGCAAAAGCUACUGACAAAAAAAGUCUAAAACCUUGUACUGUUCAAUAAUUUAUUUUGAGGUUGACAUAUCGCAACUGUUGUGCUACAGUGGAACCUCGAUUUAACGAACGUCUGUAUAACGAAGUCCUCGGUAUAACGAACGACUUUCUUAAACCCGUCCAGAAUUACAGUAAAUUGUUUGGAACACAGCCUUGAUUUACCGAAAUCCUCGUUAAAACGAACGCAAUUCAGAAGCGCAAUCGUAAAAUAUACCUCGAUAUAAUGAAUAAAAGUCAACAUGUCAUAAAAGGUGAAAACCAAACUGACCAAACUAGGAUAUGGCUAUGUGAACAGUAAUUUAAAGCAGUUUUGUUUGCCUGUUGUUGAGUUUCUAGUACCGCAGCUAUAUACAUGUACACCUCGGCACAGAAAUGCUGCAUGUAUUACAACAGUAAUUGUUCAGAUCCGGUAAUGCUCGGUUUUGUACAUUUAUUAUUAACUAUACCUCAAUAUACCGAACAUUUUGUUUGUUAAAUCGAGGCGUUCGAUAUAACUAACGCAUUUCCCCAGUCCCUUGGCACUUCGUUAAAUCGAGGUUUCGCCGUAUUCAAAAUAUAAAUGUAAGGAAAAAUUGUAGAUCAAACGUUGUUCACAAAUUUUAGUCGUUACUCCCUCUUUACGGUAAUGCUACCCUUAUCCAUUGGAACAUUCAGGAAAUGUAAAUCGUUCAUGCUUUAUUGACCAGUCAGCUAGUACCAAGAUAGCACUAAUACGACAAUAAUUAUUAAAAAGACAUCUUAGAAGGAAAAAAAUGGUUGAAAGACGGACCGACAGAGGAUGUAAAAAAGCGUAUUACAUCAAAUAAUUUGUUACCGCUCAAAAAGCAACCAUUGCGGUUUUCAAUUUUGCCUUCUAAGAAUUAAUUAUUCACUAUCUUUACAAGAAGUCCUAGUUAAAAAUAACCAAAUGAACAGGUUUAACUGUGAAUCAUUCCCAUGCAACUCGUUGAAAUGACAGUGGUUUUAAAUAUUUCUCUCAGGUUCCUUCAAACCAACAGGAAACCAAACAGGUGAGUUGCUGUUACUUAUGAAGGCGGAAAGAAAACCAUGAUUAAACUGCACUUGUUCCGACAUGCAUUAGUGCCAUAAUUCCUUUGCUUCAGUAAAAUCAGAAACGUUUGAAGGGCAAUAAUUGCAAUAUAUUACAAUCCACACAGUUCACAGCCCAUUGGACACUAUCUUCUUUAUCCUCUCUUUCUACUUGUAGCUUUAGGAUAGUUAAUUUAUAUCUGUCGCUGCGCAAUUGCUUACAAUUAUCAGCACUGCAACAUUUCGUUUUAGGUUCCUCCUGUGGUAAUCAAAAGGAAAUUCUUCAUGCUGUUUAUAUCACCAUUAUCUGUCUUUUGCUAAUAAGUAACAUUAUUCUGAUAUUUGUCGUCUGCCGAAUGCGCACCCGUUCAGGUAAGUGUGUUUUUAUAUUAAAAGCAUUAUUGUUUCUAAUUCUUUAUCGAAUUCGCCACGGUUAUUCAACAUGCUGACAGGGGAAGAUACAGUAAUAAAGUCCCAAUUAAUAUCAACCCCUUCAUUACCAUUCAGCAGUUGGUACAAGCCCAGUUUAUAUCAGUUUAGAUCCUGCUGCAGAGCUGAGUGCGGCCAUAAUUUCGUAUGUUACGUUAUCACUAUGGUUAUUUCAAAGAAAAAGACAAACUAGAUGUAGUAGACAUGAAUGCGCAAGGAAAAAAAAUCCCUGAAAGGCUUAGCAAAUGCUGCGAGGACUAAAGAUACUCAUGUCCUGUAUUUUGUAGUGAGCUCCACAGAUAUAUCAAUAACUAGUUAAUUGUCAAAGUGUUUACAAAGUUAACAAGACUGAACAUAUUUUGUUUCAGAAAAGUUACGGGGGAGAAAGUAAGUAACUUUCCUUAUUAUUAUCAUUAUAGUUUUCUAGGAUUCAUCGCCCCUGCGAAAAUGUAGAAAGAUAAAGUAUGCGGGUUUCAGCUACAAACUUGUUAAGGAAGAAUUAUUUUUACCACAGUCACGGACGCUACAAUUUGCCGCAAACCAGGUUACUUGCCGCUGUUUUUUCCUACCGUAGGAUGUAAGGUUGUAUCUUAUGUUUCCGGAAAUGCUAGGAAUCCAAAACAAAAGUUGAGUCUUACAUGUAUUAUAAAUGUUUCAACCUUACCAUUCCCUUCGUCACACAGUAAUUUUUAGGAAGUUGUUAUAACUCCAAAAAUGGAGUAAAAAUUUUAGGUACAGGAUGACCCCUUUUAUGGGGUUACUUUAACGCCCAAUUUAAUUCCAAAUUUGGGGUCAUUAUUACUCCUGAAAAAGAGUUCUUUUUACUCUUAGUCUGGGGUUAAAAUAACUCCGAAAAUGGGGUUAUUUUUACUCCUUACAUGUUUUUUUUUACUCUUUUUGGAGUUACUUUAACUCUGAAAGUGGAGUAAAAAUUUAGGUACAGGAUAACUCCUUUGUUGGGCUUAUUUUAACUCCUCCAUGUCUUUUUGGAGUUAAAAUAAUUCCCCCAAAAUAACUCCACCGUAAGGAGUUAAAUUAACCCCACAAGAGGAGAUAUUAUAACUCCUUGAAAAUUACUGUGCACAUGUACCACCAGUAAAGUUUGUUUAUAAUGAGCGUACUAUCAUAUAUAGGCAAUUAAAGAUUAUCGCGAAAAGCUUUUAAAAUAGCGUCUCGCUGGCACAAAUUUUAUACUAAACGUUUUUAAGUACUAUUUACUUUCUUGUCAACAGAAAUUGUCCAAGAUGCGGAGAUCUUCUACCGAUGGCAAGUUAAUAAGUUAUUGCUAAGCGCAUUUGUGCACAACGUGUGGAAUUUUGGGCGCGAUGAAAAAGAACCAGUGGCAUGUUACCAGGGUAGGGUGGAUGGAGGGGAAAAAAAUAGGUCACAGCAAAGUAAAGUAUCGUUGCCUGGAGAAUAUGCUUCUGAGGUUCUCUUCUCUUUUUUCAGCGAAUGACGGAAAGCUUGAUUGGACGCUCCGUAUGAAACUUGAACUCAGAACAUUUCUUUACGACAUUUCCCAUUAUGAUAUUUAAAACAAAGAGAAUUCAUCUUAUUCAUUCAAUCAUUUGUCUCUUUAAUUGUAUGGUUUACUGGCCUCUUUAAAAAAAGGCACUUUACACUUCAGCGUUGUUGUUUUACUGCUGAAUCUUGCCUGUCUGUGUUUGACAACAGAAUCCAAUUGCUGUUAAAGUAGAGGGUGAUACACAACCCUUCGAUGUGGAGCGAACGUUUGAAGCCCCGACCUAUGCAUCCACAGCAAGUGCAGAUUACAUGCCACUUCAUCCCUCAACGAGAAGCUGGGAGAUCAGUCGCAGACAAGUCAACAUAGUUAAAGUCAUCGGUAAAGGAGCUUUUUCUCAUGUUGCCAAGGCGACAGUAAACAACAUGGGCGGAAGCAAGGAUAACUUGACAGUAGCAGUAAAAAUGCUUAAAGGUGUGGUAUAACUCAGUAUACUAUGGCUAAUAAAAGGACAUUUGGGUAAGGUUGAGUCCAAAGGUAGUUCAAUAUACUAUAAUUAAGCAAUAGAAAACGUUUUCCGUGUUUGCAUAGCCUGAUAUAAACACGAGAGAGGUUGGGAGAAUUCGAGACAGUUAUGCAAACCCGAGACGAAGUGGAGGGUUUGCAUAGCUGUCGAGAAUUCUCUCAACGCCUCGAGUGUUUAUAUCAGGCUAUGCAAACACAGAAAAAAAAAGUUUUCUAUUGCUUUUAUAAAAUAAAUUUCCCAAGAAAAAACGCAAAACUCUUUGUAUGGCACUGAUUAAAAGAGAAAUUCUUACCAGUCGCAAAGUCUUGUCCACGAAGUCUUGCACGCGUAAUCAGUUCUUGUUUUGCAAAAAGAUGCUUUCCAAAAUACGGACUUUUCUCGCUUAAAAUGUCAGCUUAAGUGUCAUUGUCUGAGAAAGUGUUCCAGGGGCUAAAAGUUGUGGUCAACUGAUUUGGCUGAAACUUGGCACAGAAGUUGGGUAUAAUGAGAUAUUUCAAAAGCCACUUUGGCUCACUUCUCUGAGUUUUAGUUUUGGAGUUACAGGGGGGUCUCAUUUUUUGCCCUCUGAGCACCAAACAUCCAGCCUUCCAGGGGGCAUUUUGAAAGUGUGAUAAGACCCCACUGGUAAAUUGUGCUGCCAAAUGAAUUUGACCAUGAACUCUACUAUAAUAGAGCUUUCAGUUUAUGCAUGUAACUUUGUCCUCAAGGUAUUGCACAGAGAGGAGCCUAGGGCUAGAGUUUGGCCAAAAUUGAUGUUAAAAUUACAACCCAAAAUAGCCAUUUUUCAAAAUUUCACUAUAUUCACCUGCCUUCUUGCAUAACUUCCAAACCUAUAACACUGUUUACUUUAGUCACCCAGUUAUCAAAAUCAGUUGAGAAAAAUUUGGCUUAUUAUGGUUUAUUGAAUUUUUGGAACAAACACUUCAUGCCCCUCUAAGGCGAUGCAAAAUGGAAUUUUGAGCCUAAUUCAGGCCAUAAACAAACCAAAUUGUUGACAAGAAGCCCUUAUUCUGUAUUUGGUAAGUGAAAAUGAAUUUUCAAAGCCAAAUCAGUUUCGUUGUUUAGAAAUUCACCGAUUCUUACCUCAAAAUUGAUCUAAAACGGGCCUCUAAUUAGCGCAACAAACACAUAAUUUAGCAAAACAAAGGUGAUUUUAUUCUUUGAAAACCUAGUAACCACCAUAGAACACAAAUGAUGAUGUUCUGAUGUACAUAUAACAAUCUUUUUACAAGAUGCUUAAAUUUUUCUUUGAUUUAUAGUCAGUAUCACGUCAUAUUUCCAAGCAUUACUCCAAGCAUGGAAAGUCUCCAUAUUUUGUCAGGCCCAUUUUUUUAUAUUUUUACCAGACAAAUUUAGCUUAUCAAAAGGUUCGUUAACAUAUAGACUUCGUCUGACCUUGUAAUAGCCUGAAUAGUUGUUUUAAAUACCCAUCAGCAAAGGAGCAUGACCAUACAUACGUAGAUUACACAGACAUAUACGAGGUUCAGUGAGCAGUAUCGAGGUGAACUGUGAUUUUCCGGGUCCUUUAGAGCUGAAAAAAUGAAACCAUCCAUCCACGGUUAGGAGAGCUGGAUAACAAAAAGCUUGUUUUACUUUUAUAAAGAAAAUAACCCAAACAAAGCCUUGCAUUGAGGUGAUGCACUUGUUAUUACAUCAAGUUAGCUGGCCCGCCAUUUUGGACUUGAAGAGUGUGGGGACUGGACCGAGUUCCCGUCCAGUCCUUCUCCCGUUUCGCGGGAAUUUUUUCUGUUUUUCAUCAGGUGUGUUCGAAAUUCUAGAAAGCGAUCUGUUUCAGGAUAAUUUUUCGAUGGCACUUUAUUACUUUGGAGGGGUAAAUGACCAGUGCAGUGUCACGUCAUGGGCUGUGCAAGAAACAGGAAUGCUUAUUUUGUUGUCUUGCGAUAGUGACAUGACUGCAUGGUUAAAGCACAAGUAGAAGGGUUCAAGUCUGUCCGGGGAAGAAGAGGAAGAACUGAUGAUGCCAAAGCUACAGGUGAUUCAAAAUAUCAGUUAGGGAUCAUAUACGCGCACAAAUGGCAUUUAUCGUGAUCUAGGGCACUCUUCUGACUGAAGAGAGAUUUAGAGACGACGAUAUGUAAUUUACGAUAUUGUCGUCUCAAAUUGUUUGUUUAUGGUUGAUUGAUUCCCAUGUUAAUAUCCUGGGUCCUUAGGAAGAGCACUAAACAUUCAUCAAAUUUGUCCAAAAAAAAAACAAGUACGAUAAGAAUAACUUGAAGGCUGUUUUUAGUCUGCUCGAGCUGCUUGUUUACAUUAAGCUUGUCACGUGCACACGCUUAUCAAGCAAUGCACAAUUCAGUUACCGGUUUCCAUUAUUUACCCUCUUCGUCAAAGAUCUUUGCAAACAUGCUGCAUCUAAGUUUUUCGACGAAAUUGACAUUUUCAGGGAGAAAAUGUCACUAAAACGUCGUCUCAAAAUCGACCGAAUUAGUUGAUAUUAUCGGAUUUGCUUGGAAUAAUGCAUAGGCAAUGAACACUCAUAUGUCGUACUUGAAUCGGAACAGACUCUGAAUCGUUCUGGAAGAGCACGGAAGAUUUGUGUAUAUUUGUAGAAAAAAUUGUUUCAUUAUUUAAUUAAAAAAUUAUUUAAAAUAAUGUUAACUAUUCAAUUAAAAGAAUAAUGAAAAAAUAUACCCAAAUAAGAGUGUUAUCUGCUAAAACUCUCUAAAAUUCCCUAAAAAAACUCAUAAAAUUUUUAUUCUUUUUUGAUAGCGAGGGCCUCUUUUGGUGAAUAACCGCUGAUUAGUUGUAGUGUAGAUGCCUCUGAUGAAAAACUGCUGAUUUGUUGUGCUCAGUGAACAGUACUCUAGACACUGUUGUAGCAUGUGGGUGGACUGAGCCCUCUCUUGGUUGGUAGGUAUACAGAAAAAUAAAAACGUUUUUUUCAACGUUUCUGCCUGUGAAAUGUUGCUAUUCAGUAUUCUCCUAUAUAUACUGCUAUUUAAGUUCUAGUAUUUGUCAAUUUUUUUCUAAUAUUCUUGAGAUUUUCUAAAAUUUUUCUUCGUGUCCAAAAUUCCCAAAACAAUUCCUGCGGAAUUAUGUAGCUAAGCCCAUUUUAAUUUGGUUUGUCUUCGACGAAACAGGCAAAUAAAGGAGACCGGUGGAGUUUCAAUGCAAGCUGGCUCGAAUUGUGCAUUGCCAAACUUAGCCUUGCUUAAUAAGCGUGCCCACGUGACAAGCUGAAUGUAAACAAACAGCUCGAGCAGACAAAAAACAGCCUUCAAGUUAUUUCUAUUAUUGUUAUUGUUAUUCUUUUUUUAAUAAAGAUAUUGCUGCGAUGAGUUUGUUGAAUGUUUAGUGCUCUUCAUAAGGACCCAGGAAAUUAACAUGGGAAUCAAUCAACCAUGUGAACAAACAAUUUGAGACGACAACAUCGUAAAUUAUAUCUCAUUGCUUUCUUCAAGCAAAAGAGUCCCGUGCACUGCGAUAAAAAUCAUUUGUGCGCGUGUAUGAUCCCUAACUGAUAUUUUGAAUCACCUGUAGCUUUGGCAUCACCAGUUCUUCCUCUUCUUCCCCGGACAGACUUGAACCCUUAUACUUGUGCUUUAACCAUGCAGUCAUGUCACUACCCCAAGACAACAAAGGAAGCAUUCCUGUUUCUUGCACAGCCCAUGAAGUGACACUGCACUGGUCAUUUACUCCAAGUGGAGUAAAGUUUCACCCAAAUCGGUUGACCACAACUUUUAGCCCCUGGAACACUUUCUCAGACAAUGACACUUAAGCGAAAAAAAAUUGACACACUUUCUUAGUAACGAUUUUCCAAGUUUCACCCGACGAAGGAAUGGGUAAAUAAAGUGAACUUGUCGAGUUUUGAACUUGAAAACUUUUUCAAAUUCGCGCUUGCGUGAUUAGCGCGCGAAAAGCCAAACAACUUGACGCCACAACCAUGUUUACAUACUCUCAUGCAAACGCUCCUCUCAGCCAAUCAGAGCGCGCGUACUACCUUAGUUAUUUUAUAAUUGAAGGACAUCUCGUUCAGUUGGACGGUUUCGAUACAUACAAAACUAAAAAGACCAAGCACACAGAGAAAAUUGAAAAAGGCUCAACACAGCAAAACGAGUACCGCAAUGUAGUAACGGUAAAAAAUAAGUAUUUUUUUUGGAUGCUUCUGUUUAGCAAAUGCUCCAGCUUCAGAUAAAAAGGACCUUCUGUCAGAACUUGAGUUGAUGAAAAAACUAAAACCUCAUCCCCACGUGAUCAAGCUGUUGGGCUGCGUCACAGAAACCGGUAAGAGAUGUGUUGAGGCAGUAAAGUUUCAGUUUCUUGAAAUUUGUGUCAUAUACUUUUUGCUGCUGAUGAUUGUACUGCCAAUUAUUCGAAUGAUAGAGCGUUUUAAUAUGGCCAGAAGUUGUCGGUGCACGUUAAUUGGAAUAAAAGCAAACGUUUACAUUACAAAAGUGUACAAUUAUUUCCACAGAACAGUAGGUUGGAACACCAAAGUGGCCGUCGUUCCAUUGUUGUUGAAAUAAUAAUACGGUCAAACCCAGUUUAAACGGACACUGAGGGGACCUUAGCGUCCGUAUUAACUGAGGGCUUUGUUUCCCCAGGGACAAAGCAAACUGCCCGUAAUAAUGAAGUGUCCACAUUUAGCGGAUGUCUGUAAAGCGGGGUUUCACUGCAAUUCAGGGCAAUUUAUUUUCGGGUUUCGUUUCUAUUUCCUAAAUUGCAUCAAAACUGCGAUGGUUGACCUCCAUUAACAUUUUGUAUUGUCGCAGUUCACAUCAUCUUCAUUUAAAGGUACUAAAUUCAUAGUAUGUCCCUUCGUACGAACAAAAUCAUCAAUAUUUGCUGGAAGAGUGGAUCGGAGAAUUUCUUCAUGCUUUAUCACAAGUGGGAACUCAGGCUUGAAGAAUUUCCUAAUUGUAUUGGCUUCCUUAGAGCCGGUGUUGGUUCUUAUUGAGUACGUACCGUAUGGUGACCUACUGGGCUAUUUGAGGAAGAGUCGAGGACUGAACGACACGUACUUUAAGGACCCGGAUAUGAAGCCACAGACCAAUCUUCAAGCAGAACAGUUAAUGAAAUUCGCUUGGCAGGUCGCAGAUGGAAUGGGUUACUUAUCCUCAAAAAAGGUUUGCUUUAAAUAUGAUCUAAGCUAGAAGUAAUAAUUUGAAUAUAUAAAUUUCAAAUAAAUCUACUAAAGAAGUUACAUAAACGAUGUUGUCCAGAGAUACCUAUCCUGUGAGUGUGAAGGGUCCAGGCUCGUUGUGUGAGUUUGUUGACAAGCAGCUGAGGCCAUUGGUACCAGCCUUUUUUGAAGAAGCAGAGCGAGGUGCUCAACUUGUGUACCUUGUGAUAUGCGUUAUUUUGUGUGAGUGGUGUAAUCGGAUGAUAUAGUCACUGCUCCUCUCAGAGUUGAGCGCUAUAUAUAUAUAUAUAUAACAAUUAUUCACCGAAGUGGAGGUGGGUAGUCCUGGAUAUUUACCGAACUGCGAAGCAGUGAUGUAAAUAUCCACGACUAGCCACCGACACUGAGGUGAAUAAUUGUUUUAGUAUAUACUAAAACAGUGAGAUAAUUGAGCACAAAAAUGACGAUUUUUAACUCAAAUACUGUUGCCAACGAUUACAAUUUUGGCGCGUAAUGACCGGGCGGCCGCGGCCGUCGCUUUUUCUUGCCGACAAUUAAAACUUUUGAAGGCAUUUGUUUAGCUCUUGCGGGAAAAUUUCUUCAAAAGGAGUUGUGAAUUCUUUUUGUAUUUAAAAUCAUUCUAUAAAAAAAGNUCUUCUUUGCUUUUGCGCUACGCGUUUCACCGCUGUUGCGGCUCUUCAGGCAUAGCAAAGUGUUUUUAUUAACUUAUUACGUCACAGACGUAAUUGUAAUUACAAUUAUAAUGGCUCUUGUAAUUCGUAGCACGCGCGAGCAAUUAGCGUAAUUUCAAAUCAUUAAGAACGGGUUUAUAUUUCAGAAUAAAAAACCUCUCUUUGUUUUUUCUCAUGCUCUCGGAGGGGCUGAGAAUCUUGUAAAACGGAAAGAUAGUAAACUGAGGAGUCAAUCCCGCAUAUCGAUGAAUGUGCGGUGGGAUUGACUCCUCAGUUUACCACUUUCUUUAAGUGCUUGCUGGUAAGGAGCAAUUGAUUCGUCAAAAUCUUCUUUGCUGGAUGAGAUGUUAGUUAGCCGUUUGUUGAUGUUGAGUGGUAUGUUUUUUAGU